GAUCCUCCCCCCUCUGACAUCCUCUGUUCAUCUCUCCGUCCCAGCUUGACUUCUAGGGAAAAACCACAAUUAAGGCAUCUGAGCUUCCCCCAGCAGCUGGAAGGCAGUUCUCACAAGUCUCAUAGUAUGUGGAUAUUCCUCCAGCUCAGCUGCCUGAUAUCUAAAGUCCCUGUGUAGUAUUAUCCCAUCCUGUGCCCAGUCUGAGUGAUGGACUGCAUGUGGACUGAUGCAACAUUCAUUCUGUUCUGGCUUCACGUUUAUACCUGGCUCCCUGGGCACUGCCAUCUGUACAACAACCGCUAUGAUGGGUAAGAGAGCUUUCUCUUUUUAGGAUUACUUAGUAUCUCUCUCUAUCAUUCUGCAUUCAUAGCUUGCUGUACUGUUUACUUUCAUGGAAGUGGCAAAACUGAAUCAAGGGGGGGGGGGGGAUAUAGUAUUAAUGUAUCAAAUAAACUUUGUUUUUCUCUCCUGUGAUCACACACUGAGCUGUCCAGUUACAUUCACAGGUAGCAAUGUGUUUCACUUAUCUCUGAAUAGAUCAAUAAGAAAGUGAAUUACCUUCAAGUUGAAUUACACAUUUUACAGCAAAAUUGUCGAAUUAGAAGCAUAGCUGACUUGGAGAAUCUUUCCAAUUUUUGCUUUAAAUUUUGAAUUCACUUAGAAUUUCCAACAAUUGUCUCACGUUAGUCAAUAAUCCUGUCAGAGUUUAAAAUGCUAAAUUUGAAACUUGGAGCAAUGAAGAGGAACAAACAGUUGGUUGCCUUUGGUGAUUGCUCCACCAUAGCUGCUGUACAUACAAUGCAUCCAUUCUCAUUUUGUGCUAUUAAGAUCAUAUGCCCAUAUAAGUUUUUAAAUCAGCUAUCCCUGUAGCAUCACCAUAUGCAAAAUAAUUAUUCCACACCCCAUUAGUCAAUUUGUAGUGAUGUCAAAUUAGUUCUCUCUAAAGUUAUACAUGUGCGUGUAAAUGUACAAAAUAUUUUAUCUUAUAUUCUCAUAUUAUGGAACGACCUCCCGCAUACUUUUAAAUCUUCCCCAAGCCAAAAGUCCUUUAAGAGAUCCCUCUCUACAUACCUCAAAACAGAAUGCACCUGUCAUGGUUGAUUAUAUAUUUCCUACCUGUUCAAUGUUACAUUUUGUAUAUAUUGUGUAUUAAUAUUGUUUUUGUGUUUUAUUUUAUCCUAUUGUAUCAGUGUAAUGUUUUGUGGACCCAAAACAUACUUGAAAACGAGAGAAAUCUCAAUGUAUCUUUCCUGGUAAAAUAUUUUAUAAAUAAAUAAAUAAUAUAUCUUUUAAAGUCUAAAUUUAAUCUGAAAAUAUCAUCUGUGCAUGGGUGACAGUUACAUUUUUUUACUCAUUCUAGUGCUGUAGAAUUCACUGGAAUGAUGAGUGAAAGGUACAAGAAUAGCAAACACCCUUAAGCUACCCUAUCAGGUGCUGGCACCAACCUCUACCCAUGAUGGGUACAUCGUCUUUCUAUAAUGCUGUGCAGUUUUAUAUGCUUCACACUUCUUCUCAUGAUCCCUUGUACUUGUGCCAUCACACACCAGCAAAUACAGGAUCAUGGGAUUCCAGUGAUUUCAAUUGCAUGCCAGGCUGUGCCUUGACAACGUCUCAUAAAUUAUGAAGUGCAUGCAAAUUAAUGCUGAGAACGACAGUGUGAAAAAAUAUAGCAUGAUCAUUAGCUAACGCAGCCACUUUACAUUAAUGCAGCUGUGCCUUGGGAGAGAUAUCAAGCAGACAGAGUGUAGUAAAAACUUUGUGAGUAGCUCAAACCAGAUGUGUUACCUGAUAAAGGAUGCUCGAACAAACUUAACUACGUAACUACAACCACCCAGAAUGCACUAAAACUCUCUGGAAUUCAAAGUGACUUUCAAAUUUUACACUAAAAUAGAAUAAAUAAAAGCACAGCUGACUAGGAAGAUUUAACCAAUUUAACUAUUUUGGCAAAAAAUAAAUAAAUUCACUUUGAAUUACCUACAAAUCAUACUUUAGGGAACAACUCUGUAAGGGGUUUGUUCAAAUACGGUGACAUGAGUAAGAAUUGUUAAGGGGAUUGAACAUUUUACACCAAAAUAUCUGAGCUGGAGAAUGUUUCCACUAUUUCUGUUUUUCCUAUUGGGCUGAGCACCCCACCCAUCCACUAUAGGUGUCCUUUGGAAGUGACCACAGGAAAGCCUAAGUUAAGGAGAGUCUUUGGAAGCCGUGUAAGCAGUAAGUAUUGCAGUUGGAAUGUUAACCUCCCAUGUUAAAAUUGGUGUAUGACCCACCGAUGUAAGGGUACUGUGAUGCAGUGUUGGGCUUAACACAAUAUCACUGUAUGGUGUGUAACCCCAGAUUUGUUUGCUAAGAUCGGUGAUUUUAAGUAGCCUUAUAAAAUUUAAAGCUGUAUUUUUUUUGGUGUUCCUUAAUCUGUAUUUUGUAUAUAUUGUGGUCUUUACAGCAGCACCAGUACCUAGAAAUGCAUGUUCUGUGUGUGGUACCAAUCCCAAUGUUUUGGUCUAAAACAUACAGUUUACUUGUUGAUUUUCCAUAAUUCUUGAUUAAGUGACUAUAUUUAAUUGUAUGAAAUUUUAUCUAUGUCACAUCUGUUUUUUUCAUCUCCAAUUAGAAUUUGCAUAUAAUAUAAUUUCACUUACUCCUUCAUCUGGUUCCUUAAAGGGACACUCCAGACACCUGGAGCACAUCAGCUUGCUGAAGUGACUUAUGUGUGAAGAGUGUGUCUUCUUUUUUUUUUUUAUUUUACAAAAAGUGCAGAUUUAAAUAGAAACUGAGACUUUUAUAAAAUAACCUGAUUACACCCCAUGGUUAUCAAUCAGACAGCUGUUUCUGCUACUUCCUGUUUGUUUAGCUUAGUGGAGCUAACCUCAAGAUGCAGCCAAUUGCUCAGAACACCUGCCUUGCAAAUACUCCUUAUUAAGCGGCAAGUCUGUGAUUGGACAGCCACAUAAAAUCUGGGUGGGGUUAGAAAUGGAGAGUUUGCAAAGGCUGCAGAAAAGAGAGAGGCAGUUUUUCCAAGCUGAUCAAACAAGAUACACCUCCAAUGAAAAAACAAUAUUUAUUUAUUUUUGCAUUUGCAUAGUGUAGUGUCCCCUUCGCUGUCCAUUCUAAGUAAACCAAUGUUAGCCUAAUUAAUUGCUUUUGGUGUAUAGAUCAUUUAUCCGAAAUUUCUCCAUUGAGGUCUAUUGCAUUAUUGUUAUUCAUUAAUAGAAUCCAUCCCAAUGUACAAGCAUACAUAGAAGCAUUUCUGGCAAAGAAAGCAAUAUUCUAUUUGUUUCAAUGAUUCCAUUUUAGUACUCUUUUUCCAGCAACCCUUAUAAACCCUUAUAAAUCUCCUUUUGCCUAACAAUUGAUAUUCUAAAAUAACCCCAGUGCAGAAAUAGUGCUAGUGCAGACCUUAGUGCUAGGGGACCCAGCUUGCAGACAGGGCCGGAAGUUCAUCCACUGCUGCUGCUACCUCUGAUGAUGGGUCCUCUGAUGCAAUCAGAGACAUGCGUGGAGAGAAAAGUGGGUGGCCAGCAGUGGCCCCGCUUCUUCCUCUCAGAAAAAUAAGCAGGGGCACAAGAGCCAGCACCAAGGCCCACAUUUGCACUAGUGGUAUAGCAUACAUCCCAACUCCUUUGUCUUGAAAAUCGGAAUACCUAUGUAAGGGGGGUAAAGGGGGAGUACACAUUAGGCUGCUUGUCUAUCACUCAGGCUAGCCUACAGAGGCCACGUCAUGCCAGGAGCAUAGUUUCAGUGCUCCUUGCAAGGCCAUAGUGCCCUGAAUAUAGAAUGAGCGUGUCUUAUGAUGCGCCUGGGCUGUAAAUCUUCGGGACAGUUAACUGGUAUUCCCCAAAGGCAGGACAGCAGGGAACAAAGGCAGGACAGCAGGCAAGGACCUGACAAUUGGGACUGACUCGCCCUAAUUGAGACAGGUUGGGAGGCAUGGGAUAGCUAGGAGGUAUGGGCAGAACGCAUGACAGUGCCCCAAAGUUCAAUUUUUCCAGUCCAAGGUCUUAGCGAGACCUGCACAGGUGCUUACCGACCUUUAUAGAGAUAAGGUAGCUUUCUUGAGAGAGUCCCAAGCAACCAAGAUUUUCCCAAGGUGAGUGGUGCUUGGGAUCACCAACCAACUGGAUUUGAAGCCCAAAGGAGAGUAAUAGGUCAUGGACCACCGUAUGCCGACAGUUGAAAUGAGUUGGAUACUGUGUUAGUGUAAGUGUUGCCAAAAGCGCUUGUAGAUGGGGACAAAUGCCAUUUUGUUUUCUUCCAACCUCAGCAAUUCUCCUUCUAUGGUUAGUGGUGAUUGUAUGUGGAAGGGAGGCCAUAUUAAAUUGUUACAUGUCCGAGUCAUGACAGAGUUUCAUGAACCAAAGCCUUUUGGUGGGGACUGGGAUAACCCCCACCGAACCAUUGAGGGCAGAAAUGGGGCUCAGACCGUGGGUAGAGGAGCUCCUGUUCCCCUACCUGGUCUGACAGGAAGUGAUUACAGAGAGCACAUGACUGCUUCCUGUCAGACCGGGUACAGUGAGCAGGAGCUCCUCCACUACGUUCUGCCUGCUCGGCCACUCUACAGUAAGGUACGGGGGGGAGACUAAUGGGACACCUGGGGGCUGGGGGGGAACUAAUGGGACACCUGAGGGCUGGGGGGGAACUAAUGGGACACCUGGGGGCUGGGGGGAACUAAUGGGACACAUGGGAGAUGGGGGGGAGACUAAUGGGAUACCUGGGGGCUGGGGGGAAACUAAUGGGACACAUGGGGGCUGCGGGAGGGGAAACUAAUGGAACACCUGGGGGCUGGGAGGGGAAACACAUGGGAUACAGUUUAAUGUAGUGAUGCCUAUGUUGAGCAUAUCCACGCUCUGCAUGGAGGCGCUGAAUGCUCCCCAUAGAGAUGCAUUGAUACAGUGCAUCUCUAUGAGUAGAUGCUGAUUGGUGCGGUGAAGCACAGCGUUUUGCCACACAUGCGCAAUAGUCCCCCAAUGCUUUCCUAUGGGAAUUGAAUUGGCGUUGACUGAGAUCAUCCAGUUGUCAGCCAAAGUGAAGAGUACAUUCUUGUUACUUCAAAAUGAGCAAGAUAAUGUCAUUUUAUUACUGCUGUGCAAUAACAUACAUUCACAAUUUCAGUCCAAUUACAAAACUUUCCUUAAUGUGUCAAGGUAGUUGUACUGAAACAUUGAUUAUAUGCAAAUGCACUUCUGCUUACAACAGAUCCGCUCUUUUGUUUAUUUUGAAGCCCUAUGGGUGCUUGCUUUCACUUUUGAGUGAUAGUUUUCAGUUUUUGUUUCCCGCUUCCAUAUAUGCACACUAUGCUGGCGCAAUGCAUUAUGGGGCUGGUAUAGAAUUUUUUUCCAGGGCUGUUUUUCAUUCUCAGUCCUGCCCUGGUUACAAAUGCUUCCUGACCUGUCUUUGAGAUCUCCUUAAAGUGAUCACUGCAGACAGUGGCCAAAAUGGUAACUUUAUAUCGAUAAUAAAAGCUGAAUUAGCGAUUUUGCCAAGGAAUUGCCACGAGAUGCGUUUGGCAAGCUGGACAGUCAGGCCACUGCCAACACAGAGCCCCUAAUCUAAUCACAGUUCCAGAACAUACAUGAACUGAUAUGCCUAAAAUGAGUAGGAGUUACGCUCCAGGAGCCAGCUGCUAUUUGCAUUGAUCUACGUUUCAGUAUAUGUGUGCACAUAUUUUAUUCAGAUUAAUUGGACAUGUGUUCUUUCUUGCUACAUAUAUAGUUUUUUCUUUUUUCUCUUUUCUUUUUUUUUUUAUAUAGUUAUACAUACUUUUUCUCUAUACCUUACAUUGUACUGGGAGGAUGUUGCAGAAUAGAUGUGGUACAAUUAGUUGAGAUGGAUGAAAAUACCAUCUGUAUAUAAAUAUUUGGCUGGAAGCAUCUCUAGAAAAGCAGAACUUGGCCACAUCUAAAAUAAUCACAGCAAAACACGUCGCAAACGACAUGGGCUUGUUACUUUCUGUAAGAUCUUGUAUAUAUUUUAAAACUUGUUUUCUGGCACCCAGCAUACUGCAACAGGUGCAUUGCAAGGCAAAAACAUGGAUAUCUCAGGGGCACUGCUUUGCCCUCUGAGAUCAGUCUAGCACUAUAUGGUUUAGGUUACUACAGAGUUAACAAAAGAGGCACCGAGCCAAGGAUACUAUGGGCGUGCAUAUAAAGUCACAAGUCCAGUUCCAGAUGCACCCAUCUGUCUUUUCAUUCUAUGUAACAUAGCCAUGUCAACAUUCCCAAUUAUUUAUAUGGUAAAAAUGGAACUUGACGAAUUGUAUCUUUUAUAAUUUGUAUCUGUAUUGGUACAUUCAUGUACAUGACAUACAGAGGCUGAACCGUUUCUGGAACCCCUGAAAUGUGUGUCUCAUUUUUAUAUGUGAAAUACUGGAUAUAAUUGUGAAGGACUUUCAUGUAUUUACCUGUGUACUUUCAGUUUAACCCUCUCCCUGCUGUUUAAAUUCCUGUAUUAGUUCGGUUCAAUAUAUAGGGAAUAAAUGUAUUCGUUUACCGAAAGAGGACCACACACCCUGGGUAGCAAUUAGCUUUAGAACGCGGAGAAAACCUCGACUUAAUUGCUACUAGGUGGCCGCCAUUCGACAUACAAAAACGUGGCGAGAACAAAGAAUGGCGGCCAUCUUAAAACUCACAAAUGCGGUCAGCGGGGCUUACACAUGAAUUUCAUGGAACUAAUUUCGGUACGGCAAACAUGCGAACGCACGGUCACCACGGAAGUCCUGGAUGAAUACGUUCCCCUACAUGAAUCCAACUGGCGUUCGGUAGAUAGAAUCUACCGAAUAAGGGGAACAUUCACAGGUAACCAGCUGCACCAUACGAACGGUGAUUUUUGUGCAGUUAGAUGCGAACGGAGACCGGCUCUUGCUACUGAUUCUCUGGAACUCAAAAUCGGAUACCUCCACAUGGCGAGCCGGUCAAACUUCCACACGAUGCGACACGGAAACUACCGAACGGAAAUUCGUGAGAUUUGGAUAUAUGACUACCAGUAUCCUCAGCUACCCAGGGAUGUUGAAAUUAUGUUUGUAUGUGGCAUAAAAAGUACUUUUCUAAAAUUGUUGAAAACUGUAAUAUUUUUGGACAGCAGAUAAUUGAGCUGUGUAUAUUGCUAAAACUCAAUUAUCUAGCCUGGCCCAGAGGAGUUUUGUGUUGCAUAAAUUGUGAGUUCUGUGUGCCAGUAAAUCAGUCUUGUUCCAGCAUUAAGCUUUGGCUCAUGUGUGGAUUAUUCGGCGAUUCCAGGGAUAUUUCUACUCGUAGAAUAUUGGGUGUUUUUCUUUUAUGGGAAGAAGGGAAUGCUUGACGGGGAUACCCUAUACUACCGUCACAAUAAUGGUCCAGUUUUGUCUAAUAUAUAAUAAUGUGUGGCAUCUGCACUAAUGUAUAUAUAAUGUAUAUGUAAAGUGUACAUGUGUCAUCCAACCGUUAGCAAUGUUUCAAACAAUUAUACUCAUUUAUAUAAAUCAGUCAUUGUUUAUGGGAUCACUAUACAUCUGACAAGAAAAACAGGAAACAUUUCCCUUUUCAGGAGUUUUAAUAUUAUGUAUACUUAUUAUCUAUAUUUAGUGAAUAUACAGGGGUGUGGAAAUUUGUCCAUUGGAUAAAAGUUGUAGUCCAUUCUAAUUGUCCAUCAUGGCUAUCAAUCAUUUCACAAUCAUUUCAGAUUGGGGUCCCUGCCUUGACGCCUGGACAAAGACAGGGGUAUGCACCAAUCUCUGAAUUUUUGUGAAUUAAUUUCAAAUGGAAAACUGAGACAGAAAAAGCUGAUCUGGAAAAACCCUCCAACACAGCUCAGAGUGAGUGUUAGUGCAGGUUGAGUUGAAUGCGUGUGUAGGCUGUGUGCAAUAUAUGCAGUGUGUGCUACAUAUUUGUGUGCACCUGUUGCGUAGUGUUGGUUGGCUUGUGUGUAGUGUGUGAUGCUUCCCAGUUUGUCCCUUUUUUUUUUUUACAUAAUUUUUUGUAGUGCGUUGCAUAAUGAACAUGAGUAAAAAGACAUUUCACACAAGAAUACGAGGACACCAUAUACAUUUGACUUAUACAAUGAAGUUUAUUUAUUCUUAAUGGUUGGGCUUCUCGUUUUGCAUUCAAUACUCUGUACCUUUGUCUGUCAUUUAAAUAAAACAAAAACACAAUAUUUGCAUCUGUCUUAGAGAGCUCCCAACAACUUGCAUCAAAAAACUCCAAAAGGAAUUCAAUAACCAGUAAGUGGAGAAGAAGACACAAAAACAAUGUUCUUCAUUUUUAUCUUGUGCUCCGAGCUGCGAUUGUGAUGUAACUUGUUACAUAUUUAAUAUUCAUUUUAAAAGAAAAUAGAGGUGAGCAUUUAGCUGAUUUUCAUUAUUUUAUUUUAAUUUUGUAAUUCACUUAAAAAUAAUACUCCCUGUAAUAUUCUCACCCACACCAUAUGACUCUAGCCCUCACCACCCCCUGCAACAGAAGCUUCUGAAGAGACAAAAUGAAGCACAACUUAGUCUACCAGACCAAUGGUUAUAACUGUUAGUAUUAUUGUAUUAUUUUGUUAUUGUUAUGUUCCCUUUCCCAGGUGUCUUAACCCCUUAAGGACACAACUUCUGGAAUAAAAGGGAAUCAUGACGGAAUAUUUCCGUGAUCUCUCCUUAAGGGGUUAAAGAACCACUAUAGUGUCAGGAAAACAAACUCAUUUUCCUGGCACUAUAGGGUCUCUAGGUCCUCCCCACCCUCAGGGUCCCACUCCCGCCGGGCUGAAGGGGAAGGAAGGGGUUAAUCACUUACCCUUUAUCUAGCGCCGGGCUCCCUCGGGGCUGGGGAAAUCUCCUUCCUCCUGCCAUUGCGCUAUCUAUACUAAUAACAACUGUAACUAUUUGCUACUGCAAACAAUAUACCAACUAUUCUGUUUCCUUUCUGUAAUACUGCUUUUACUUAAAAAUGCUCAAUAAACACAGAAUGUUUAAAAAAAUAAUAAUAAUGAUUAGCCCUUAAUGAUACAUUGAGAAAAUUGGAGGAAGGAGGGCAAACGCUGACCAGCACAAUGGCACAUUCUGAAGAACAUUAUUUGGGUAAACAAGAUAUGCCAUCAAACAUACUGGAAACAUAGGGCAGGUGCUGUGCUUUCAGCUAAAAUAUGCCAAGAAAGUGGAAAUUAGUUUUAUCGCCGGCUAACGAGACUAUCACUUAAAACAUCAAAUUACUUUAAAAGAGGUUUUAUGAUAUGUGAUAUUAUACAAAUAAUAAUAAUAAUGUUAUAAGUCUAAAACAAUAAACAUUAUCUUAAAGACAUGAGACCCAUUUUACUAAUUUGUAAUAACAAUAUGGGAAGAGAAUUAUAAUUGGGCCAUCCUAGACAUUUCAUCCUUGUACACUAUAAUACCUCAUAAUUUAUUUUUGGGAGCAGCUAAAAGGAAAAUGAAGGGGGGUGAAGAAGUCUCUAUUCCCUUCAACAAUCCUGGAACAUAACGUCUUUGCUUUUGACGGCGUAUCUUUUCUUCAGCUGGUGGGAAAUGCCAUGGGUACUAGGUUGUUCCCAGUUAUGCCAACAUAUAGAUGGGAGAUUAUGACAAUAACUUAAUCUGGGUCGAAUAUACCUGGGGGGCAAACCUGGUACUAUGGCGAUGCCAUAUGCAAUCUGAGUCAAAACACCUAUAAUAUAACAUUUUCAGGAUCCUUCGAUAAAUCGCAUAUUAACGUCUUGGAUUUAACCUGUUUGUGGAAGAGAAAUGAAAAAAUCAUGUUUAUAAAGCUGACAACAUUAAGAAACCUUUACUCUGAGCAUUGCUCCAAAAAUUACAAAAGAAGGAAAAUCAAACCAAGUUGCAAAAGGAUUUAGAAAAUACAGCAAGUACAAAGCUUGUAGAUUCCUACCUUGUGUUAAACAAGAUCGUUUUAAAUGUAAUCAGACGGGAGAACAUUUUAUAAUAAAACAAAGUGUAAGCUGUAUGUCUACAUAUGUAGUAAACUUACUAGAAUGCCUUCGUGGCAGCCAAUAUAUCAGACGAACAUGUGGAAAGCUAGCAGGAUAUGGAAAUAUCAAAAUGAUAUCAGAAAAGAAAGUUGCAAACAUUCGGUCCCAUUGCAUAACAAUAACUGCAAAAAGUUCAGACCUGAAGAUUUUCAAUUUUGUGCCAUAGAACAGGUAGAAUUAGGUUGGAGGGGGGUAGCUAGAGAAAGAAAAUUAUCACAGACAGAAACCUACUUUGUUCAUAAACAUCAAACCCUAUCUCUUGGGGAUCUGAACACAGAGAUAAAUACGCUUGCUUUUUAUAGUUCUUUUAUACUGUGUCUUUUUUGAUAAUGGUUUUAUCUGGUAUUUUAUAGUUUUUAUCUUCCUUUCUAUGUGAUGGGAUAUUACACACAUGUUUAUGAACUUUAUAUACUUAUAUAUUUAUCUAUAUUGUGUAAAUAUACACAUUCUACAGUGUAUUAAGUUCUAGAAGAAUUUUUUUAAUUUCUAUAUAUGUGACGAUUCACUCUGUCCCUGGGAUUGUAAUCCCUUUGUUUCAUUCACCUAUCACUUUCGUUUUUGUAUUUUAUUCCAUUCCUCUACCGAAUGACCUACCGAAUGAUGGCGGCGGCCAUCUUUAGCUGCGAACACACAUAGCAGUGUAUGGUCAUCAAGUGCAUCGAACUAUAAUCGGACACUCGAUGGCGCGAACACCGCUGGGACUUCCAUCUCUUCGUAGGUUUGGCUGGAUUCACUUGAGAAGAGAAGCGUUCAGUGGAAGCACACUCCCGAACAAGAGAAACAGACUAAUUAUACAUACAAACUGGUUGCAUUCGUACUUCUGUUGUAUUGUGAACUCCCAAAAUAGACUGACCGCACAGUCUGAUUUCAUGGAACUCUUUUGGGCAGGAGCCUCGUGUGCAGUUGGUCAAAAUAUGACUUCCAUGGAAAUCCCGAACCCCUGAACCGAUCUGGGUGAUUUUUGGAUAGGUUGGUCACCCAGAUCGGGGCUUUCAGGGAAAAUAACUUUUGCAGUGUUUCCAUGGUUUUUAGGGGUACUUUUGGGGUACUGCUGAAAUGUGUGUUUUUGUGCCUGGAGUUAAUUAAGUUAGCACAGUUCCUGAUCCAAUUAUCUCCCAGGCUGAAGGAAGGGAUUGUCUCAUUUUGUAUGGUAGUGUUCUGGACCUGAGAGCCAGCGUAAUCGCAUGUAUGUUUGUACUGUAGUCUACGCUCAGGUCCUGGGUGGAGUGCCCCUUGCAUGGGGAUUGUCAUAAAAGGCUGUGUGUGGCUAUAUUAAAACCAAUUGUCCCACAGCAUAGAGCAUCAUCUCAUGUUUGUGGGAGAAAGCUAUAACAGCUGUCUCCCUUCUGCUUAGAGUGCUUAAUCACUAGCUGUAAGAGCUGUUCCUGCUCUGCUUUACAGCAUCCCUCCCACUAUGGGGAAGAAAACAUCUCUGGUGGAGGAACCCCUCUUCCCUUUAUUGAGUGGGGGGUGCAAGGGGGGAGGCAGAGGGAGCUAUAGUGCCAGAAAUAGAGUAUCUUAUUUCAUUCUACUGAGGUUUUCAUCCUUGUUAUGGUGAGAAGUGAUGACCCAUGAAGCCAUGAAGAAAUGUGGAUUUACAUUGUAGGCCCUUUAAUAUUUGUGUUUUUAAGUGAAAUAUUAUGCACAUAGGUGGUGGUGUUUUUCAGGGGUACUACACUAUUAUUACUUUUAUUUUGUAUUUUAUAGUGAUUUGCUGUUUAUCGCUUUGUUUGUUUGUGCAUAUUAUAUCUAUCUGGGACCUAUGGAGUCCUUGGAAAACAGCUAUUAAGAGCUGGUAAGUAUACUUUAAUAUGUUUAUCACUCAGUGUGAACCACUGUGAUUUGUACAUCUUGUUUAACAAGUGGUGGUCUUUGGCAUUUUUUUUUACUAACUUGGAUGCAGGCUAUUGGGGACAAAGUGGGGGUAACCCUUCCGUUAGCUCCAGCUGCCAGCUAGACAUUGAUUCUGCUGGCUUAUAGAGGAAAGCUAUUUCCUGGUGUGUGUCCCAGGAUCCGCGACAGAUGGGUGAUCCUUAUUAUGCUGACUUGUAGGAUGUAAGUAUUAUUUUAUCCUCUUUUAAAGUAUUACAGCACUGAAUAUUUUUAUGUAUAUGUUUAAGUGGGUUCAUUUAAUAAAUUAUGGUUUCUGUAGUUUAAAUUAUAUGCUUACAUUGUAGUAUAUGAUUAACAUAUCAGACAUGAGUGGGAUUCCAUAGUGUAAAAUAUCAGCCGGGGAAUUAUAGAUUUUUGGUCAAACUAGCAGAAGUGGAAGAAUUUCCCCAUUCAGUUAUUUUUCCACCAUGGCUCAUCUGGUCUAGGACUUUCAAUUCCCUUGUUCAUUCCUCACAAUUUCCUUUUUUUUUUUAUUGUAAAAGAGAUUUAAUGCACAGUAUAACAGACUUAUCUGUUUUCUAGGUUAAAGCAGAAAAUACUUCCAACAGAUUGAUAAUAUAUUUAUGUUAAUAAGAUUUAGUGCGUUUAGCUGCAGGAAUCUUCAAUGUGGAAGAGAUCAUCUUGCAUUAAUUGCAUCACAAUUGUGAAACAUAAAAAAAAAAAAAAAGGUUGCAGAGAGGCCAAAUUUAGGAUUAGUGUACCACCAUUCCACUUGUAUGGAAUAACAGAGACAGUAAAUUAAAGGUUAAAUUCCACCAGGUGGCUGGUUGGUUGGCUGCCUGACACUGGUGAGGGGGGGGUUAUGGUAUUAAAGUUAGGGGAGGGACAUUUGCCAGCACCUGUCCAGUUAAAAGAAUAAUCCAAGCACCAUAACCACUACAGUGCACUGUUCUAAAACAGUUUAACUACGCACAAAAUAAGGGCACCCAGGUUCUCCAUGGCACCAUAACCACUACAGCGAGCUUGGAGUGUUCCUUUAACAUUUUGCAGCUCUUGGUUGAAGAAGUGAAUGUUUAUCCUAGCUGCGGAGAGUGUACCCAGUUUAUAUACUUUAUAUAAAAUGUAUAUAAAUGUAAGUCAAUCUAAUUUUAUAAUAUAACCCUGCCUAUUAUUAUUUGCAAAAAUGUAUAAUCUGCUGUGACUAAACGCAAGCAUUGGUAAAAAAAAAAAAAAGUCUAUAUUUUAAACUUUAGGGCUCUUACAGAUGUUGAUAGGUGAAGGAUCAAUCGCUUCAACUAUCACUUACCAUUUAGAGGGCCAAGCACAGCUGUAGUUAGAUGCUAUGUUUCCCAACAGAGUUUUGCUCGCAAUGAUAUUGGCAAUGAAACAGCACUGCAAAGGAAAUUUCAUUCACAUUACUAGUUAUUCACUAACGUUAGAAUUGUCAGGAAUUUAAAGUGAAUUUUAAAAUUAAGGCAAAACUGGUCAAACUGAAAACAUUUUCCAAGUUGCUCAAUCUUCCUGUUUGUCUAUUUCUCCUUAAAUUAAAAAUCCACUUUGAAUUCCCAACAAUUUUCAGUUUAGUGAAUAACUGUGAAUGAAUGAAACCUGUUCACACAAGUAAAUGCGAGCUGAUGGCUUAGACCCAGGACCUAACUCGGAGAUUCUCCAUCAUUGUAACAUUUGCCAGUAGAGGAAAAGCCAUGUCAGUGGUUUGAGAGAGCAUAGUAUUCUGCAGUUAAUGCACGUGGCACAGUACUUUUGGUUGUUCUCAUAUUCUUUCAUAGCUUAUCAGACACAGCUGUCAUGCGCCUGAAUUAGACAAUAUUUUACCUGUGGAUUAGCAAUCAUCUAGUACUUCAGUUAAAUUAAGUGUAGCAUACUGUCCUGACAGAGGUAUUCAUCAUGAGCAUUUUAAAGGAAUUUUUAUGACCACAACUACUUUUAUGGGUCUUUUUUUCGGCACAUAAAAACCUACUCCAUGGGAGUAUAAAAGUUUAGUGUGUAUUUUUUUUGCCUACAGUAAAUCGUGAUAGUAAAUGUUAAAACACAGCUAGAACAGCUGUAAUCAAUGUUGUGUCAAAGUUUAUUGAGACACAAAUGAAUGCACACAUUAUCUGGGAGGAAAAGAAACCCACUUAGAGUAACAAUUAAGUUGUGUUCAAAUUUCACACCUCCUAAGUGUCCCUUAAUAGGAGAAACAGUAACACCUUCUGACUUGUUCCUCUGCCCCUCUGUUGUCCUAUGAUCAGGGCCGUCUUUAACAUUGAUUGGACACUGGGCAGGCAUUUGUUUGGGCCCCCUGGAUCCUGCCAUCCCUCUAGCGCAAGAGCAGAGAAAAGAUAGAUCCUCAUCUGUUGUACAAUUCCAACGAUGCUAUGCCAGCUGGGGAUCUACCAUUUGUCCAUUUUUGCAGGGCUGUAUUUGUGAGAAGUGUUUGUGCAUUUGAAUGUGAGCAUGUUGUUGUAUACAGUAUGUGUGUGCAUGUAGGGUGUAGUAUUGGUGUUUAAGUGUAGGGAUGUGUUUCCAUAUACUUUUUGGGUUUGAAUUCAGGGGUGUGUUUGAAUGUAAUGUUUGCAGGGGUGUGGUUGCAUGUUGUGUUUGAUUGCCGUGAUGUAUGAAUGUCAACAUUCACAGAUAUACAUACACAUUAGCACACUGAUACAUGCACACAUCUGGACACACUGACAAAGACUGGCGUAUACACACACAGCCACAUACAUAAAUGCACGUGCACACACAGAGAUAAAAACACUGGCACAUCCACACACAGAGAUACACACUUACACACACUGACACAGAUAUAUACACAAAUGCAUAUGUAUUUGUGUGCAGUGUUGGCGUAGGAAUGCUGGGAUGUAUGCAUUGUCACACAGAUGCACUCUCACACAAACAGUGAUACACACAGGAACACAGAUACACAUGCAGUGGUGUAUUUGUGUGCAUUGUUAAUGUUGGAAUGCAGGGUUGUAUUUGUGUGCAAUGUUAGAUGGGAUGUAUUCAUUGCCACACGCACAGAUACACACUUACACAUACUGACACUCAUACACACACAGGUACAUAUACACAGACAAGCAGGUACACAUACAAACUGACACAUAGGUAUACAUACACACAGAUACACAUAAACACUGACACAAAGGUACAUGUACACUGACACAAACACAGCCAUAUAAACACACACUGACACAAACAGCCCGAUACACACUGACACACACAGCCAGAUACACACACACUUACACACACACAGUCAGAUACAGACACACACACACACAGUCAGACACAAACACAGCCAGCCAGACACACACACACACACACAGUGAGAUAUACACACACACAGUCGGAUACACACACACAGUGAGAUAUACACACACAGUCGGAUACACACACACACACAGUCAGAUAUACACACACAUACAGCCAGAUACACACACAUACAGCCAGAUACACACACAUACAGUCAGAUACAUACACAGCCAGCCAGAUACACACACACACAAUGAGAUAUACACACACACAGUCGGAUACACACACACAGUGAGAUAUACACACACACACAGUCGGAUACACACACACAGACACACAGUGAGAUAUACACACACACACACACACAGUCAGAUAUACACACACAUACAGCCAGAUACACACACAUACAGCCAGAUACACACACAGCCAGUAGAUACACACACACAGCCAGACACACACACACACAGUCAGAUACACACACACACACAGCCAGAUACACACACACACAGCCAGAUACACACACAUACAGCCAGAUACACACACACACAGCCAGAUACACACACACACCUCAGAUACACACACACACCUCAGAUACACACACACACCUCAGAUACACACACACACACAGCCAGAUAUACACACACACAGCCAGAUACACACACACAGCCAGAUAUACACACACACAGCCAGAUAUACACACACAUACAGCCAGAUAUACACACACAUACAGCCAGAUACACACACACACAUACAGCCAGAUACACACACAUACAGCCAGAUACACACACAUACAGCCAGAUACACACACACACACAUACAGCCAGAUACACAUACAGCCAGAUACACAUACACACAUACAGCCAGAUACACAUACACACAUACUGCCAGAUACACAUACACACAUACAGCCAGAUACACAUACACACAUACAGCCAGAUACACACACAGUCAGAUACACACACACACAGCCAGAUACACACACACACACAGCCAGAUACACACACACACCCAGAUACACACACACACCACACACACCUCAGAUACACACACACACAGCCAGAUAUACACACACAGCCAGAUACACACACACAGCCAGAUAUACACACACACAGCCAGAUAUACACACACAUACAGCCAGAUAUACACACACAUACAGCCAGAUACACACACACACAUACACAGCCAGAUACACACACAUACAGCCAUACACACACACACACACAUACAGCCAGAUACACAUACAGCCAGAUACACACACAUACAGCCAGAUACACAUACACACAUACAGCCAGAUACACAUACACACAUACAGCCAGAUACACACACAUACAGCCAGAUACACAUACGGCCAGAUACACACACAGUCAGAUACACACACACACACAUACAGCCAGAUACACACACACACACACAUACAGCCAGAUACACACACAGUCAGAUACACACACACACACACAUACAGCCAGAUACACACACACACACUGACACAAACACACACACACACACAGAGUCAUAUGAAUUCACAUAGUUUAGCCACCAUCCUUACCUUUACAGAAGUGUGGCUUCCCUGUGGUCCAGUGGGAGCUGGAUGGCUGAGAUUGAUGGGAGUCUUCUUCUUUUUGGUCUGUACCUCCUCCUGCUCUCCAUGUAUGCCUCCUCCUCCUCCCCAGCGGCACUCUGUUAAUUGGGAGGAAGUGACCUCACAACACUUCCUCCCAGCAGGCAGGAAGACAGGGGCUCGGUCUGCAGCUCUCUUAAAGGGCCGGGGCCCCUGAUUACAUCACCUGCUGCAGCCCACCGGGAUAUUUCUCAGUAUCCCGGUGGGCUGUUCAGACCUGGCUGCGGGCAGGUGGCCCACAGGACAGCUGCCUUGGGCCCCCCAGGAGCAACUGGGCCCGGGGCAGCUGCCCUGUUUGCCCCUUGUUAAAGACGGCCCUGCCUAUGAUAGUCAUCUCUAACAUGAAUUUAGAAUGUUUUGUUGUUUAGUAGAAUAUCCCAGAAUCACAUAGCAAUAAAAAUUACAAAGGAAAUAUCUGUAAUUGUUGAAAUGCCACAUAUGAAAUACCUGGAGCUAUUUAAUCUUAGAAAAUAUGUAUUUUUUAUGGGGGAAAUAUCAAGCAGUUGCAAUCCGACUCAUCGUCAUCAUCAUCAUCACUUUGCAAAACUAUAACAUGGGAGCUAGCUGCUGACACCGGUUAUAAUGAGACUGGUCUAAUAGAGCAAUACAGAUUGGGUCUGUCUGAGGCAUUAAAAGAUGAACUAGCCAGAGUUGGGGUACCCACUUCAUUGGAAGAUCUGUUCCUUCUGGUCACCCAGCUAGAUUGCGGGUUCAGAGAAAGAAAGCAGGAGCAAUUUGAAACCAGCUUUUUGCCCCAUCAACGUUCCAAACCUGCUGGUGAGACCUAUACCCCUAUCCCCACCAUGGACAUAAUGGAACCCAUGCAAAUUGGAACACUGAAUACCAUGCUCACGGUAAAUGAAAAAGCCAGAAGGAGAGCCAAAGGCCUUUGCUUCUAUUGUGGCAAGGGAGGCCACUACAUCAGCUAUUGCCCGAUACAUCCUCCUCGCCCUAAACAUAGCCAUGUAGGGACUCUGUGUCACCAUCCUACAAGUCUAUCAUGGCCUCUUUUAUUGGUUUACCGACUUUGUUACUCCGCUGCCAGCUCUGACCUCUGCUUCUCGUCUGACCCUGCCUUUGGAUUUCCCCUUAAUCUGUACUGUGUUUUGGAUUUUGCCUGCUUCCUGUGCCAUCUCCUGCAACUGGGCUCCAACUCCUGGUAAACUGUUCCAUAAGUCCCCUGGUGACUGUUACAACAGCAACCCUAUAUUUACUAGAUAAUGUUACAGUUCCUGGAAGCAGAAAAAUACUCGAAACAAAUGGAAAAACUCUCCAAGUCAACUCUGCUUCCUGUUCAGCAACUUUGGCCUCAGUACCAGCAGGGAAACAUUUCCUGUUGGUAAAAAUGGAAUGUUUCUGUCAUGGUUAAGGAUAGGACAACCAUGAUGGAAUAAUUCCGUCAUGCGUCCUUAAAGCAAUAACUGACUGUGUGUGGGGUCUGUAAUGUGUGUGGAAGAUUGUAUGGGGAGGCUACUUAUUGUGUGUGUGGGUGAGGCUGAGGCUGUAUGUUGUGUGUGUGUGGGUGAGGCUGUAUGUUGUGUGUGUGUGUGUGGGUGGGUGAGGCUGUAUGUUUGUGUGUGUGUAAGCUACCUACGUUGGAUGGUUGUAUGUGUUGAAUGGUAUCCAUUACUGUGUGCAGAAGGUUGUGUGUGAUAUAACAAAUCACCCCACAAAGUACGCUUGUUGGGGGGGAACUAUAGGCGUUUUUGUUUUUUGCUCCUCUGCCUUAGCUUCGAAAAGGGAGGGAGCUACCAUUCCUUAAUCUUGUUCCCUGUAGAUCCUUGAGAGCAAGACCUUUUUCUAUAUAUAUGUAUAUGUACACUCUGUGUCUGACUGCACUGUGUGUACACUCUGUGUCUGACUGCACUAUAUCUUGGCUUUCUGUGUGAAUGAAAGGUACUAUUAACACUUACAUAUAAUUUUCUCAGAGAGUCUCUUAUAUUUCAAGAAGGUACAUCAUUUUCAUUCCAUGGUAUUUAGGAUGAAAUAGUAGGCUGUUAUUCUCUCUAAAUUAAACCCUUUUUUACCUGUAAUUAAAUUUUAGUUAUCUUCUAAAACUGUUGCAUCAGGUCAAAAAAUAUGGAUGAAACAUGUUUUAUUUAACAUCCUCUGACAGCAUCUUAGCCCGGAGUAAUAAUUACUCUUUCCUUUCUGCUCCUGUGUUGAAGGGUCCACAAUGUGAGUGCUGAGUUAGACCGUUUUCCUGAGUUCUAACAAGUUAAAAUUUCCACAGAAUUGAUACCACUGUAGAAAAUCCAAUUUGACUAGGCUUGCAAAUUAACAUUGAUUCUUAGCCUUAAUUUAUAUUUCAAAAAUUUCUACAACAAAUGUUUCAUAGCAGCCUCAAGGUUUAGAUAUAAAAAUAACCUUCUGAAAAACCCAUGAUGCUAUGCUAGAUAUCCUUCAAUGCUUGAUCAUUUCAUGAUGUAUUUUGGAUGCCAGCUAAUGAAUUGUAACUAUUUGUUUAAGCAAAUGGUUCAUUUUAAAGUGGAACUUUCACUGUAUGGGUACUAUGCGUAAUUUGCAGACCCCCGACAGUGACAUCACCACUGGGGGUCUGUUGGCUGGGAAGGCAGGCAAAGGUGAGUUUCACUUACCUGAAUCUGUCCCCUAUCCCUGAUGUCAUGCUUUUAAAUAAAACUAAUUAUAGACCUUCUUAAUGUGAGUUACACUGUUCUAAAAGGCGAUGCAUUUUGAGUCCAUCUAGAAGAGAAAUGCUAAAUAGUAAUAAUUAUUUAUUUUUAUUAUUAUUAUAAAAAUAAUAUGUUUUCGGUUAAAUUUGUACUGGAAAAACAUUUUUUUUAUACCUCAGAGCUUCACAGAAGUGUAUACGUAAGAGAGAAUAAUGUUCUUUAACUGCUGAACACCCAGAUGACUAUAUAAAAUAGAAUAAUGAAAGAGAGUUAAUAAAUCAAGCACUGUGUUACUACGUGUUCUCCGGAGGAUUACAGGAGUACAGUUUCAUUGCAAAAGUACAAAUCUGCAAUAUAUUCUUUACAAGCCCAUGUUUACAAAAUCAGCAAGUAAUUCUCAGAAUGUACACAUUUCCAGAAGAACAAUCCAUGGCAUCUAAAAGGCCUUCCUACAGAUAAAUUGUCAUCAAUAACCAAUGUUUCACCUUAGUUUCAUUUAUACGCAAAGCUUUGUAUGCAUUAUGGUUUUCUGUUUUCCUACAUUAUUUUAGCUAUACUUUUUAUGAUUUAUUUUAAAUUGUUUAACCAACCAAUAAUACUGAUUGCAACUGUUUUAAUUGACCACUUAAGGCACCCAGAAAAUUUCAUCUCAAUGUACGCGGCCCUGUUGUUAUAUAGACACUGUAAUGUUUCCACUGCAAGGUUAACCACUAGUGGACAUCUUUUUAGACAGCCAGAAGAAGCUCUUCCACAUUGAGAACUGAUUUGUACUGUGCAUCUACAUCACCAGUACAGGGGCCAUUAACAUUACGAUUAUCAUGAAACUUCUAGUUACAGUAAGAGUGUAGAGUGCAGGCGAGUGUUGUGACAGCUUCCACUACCACCAAUGCAAAUCCACCUGCCUCUUCAGCAGAAGCAAAAGGUGGUGUUCAAUCUAUGGUGUUCAAUCUAUCAUGCCAACAAAGCUAAGUUUGGGAUCACUUACAGUGCCUCCAUGAAGACUGAAUUGCAAAGUGCAAAUUGUGCGUCAAGGAAGAGAGUAUGAACGUGUGAAGGCUGCAAAGAUACCACAAGUCUUUAUUACUGAAGGAAGAAUUAGAACAAAAAGUCCAAGGGAAGGCAAAAGGUCCACAGGUGCUGUAUUUGGUCCUGCCCAGUUGGACAGGAACAGUCUAACCCCACAUCAUCCCGUGACUUAAGAAAGGGGGAAAAAAAGAAUAGAAAAAAAGGUUCUUCUUACCUACUACAAAAAAUUUUUUUCUAGUAAGAGAAAGAUUAUUUGAUUUGUAGUCUGAUUAUGUGCCACUGCUUGUGCUUUGUAAAUUUCACUGUCUUAGUAACAUACACAGUGUGUGAAACCUGCCUACACUGAGUAUGGCAGCUCUUUCAUUUUAGCUGGUUAUUAAAAAAACAUUCUAAAAAGCACUGUGCUUUUUCCACACUGAAGGACAGUAACUGACGCUACAGACUGAAUGUGUAGGAAAGCUUUGUUCUUGUCAUCGUGGAAUGGUAAGUGGGAGGUCAAUUGUCCACUUGAUUUUUUUUUACUUUCAUUUUUGGAUAAAUCCUCUUUUUCAAUCAUAAAACCAAGCUCUCUCGCUUCCUUUUUUUUUUUUUUUUUUAAACCCUAAAUUAAUAAUAAUCUGUUUUGGCAACUCAGAAUUGGCUUUGCAAAAAUAUGUGAUAUUACAUAACCAUCAAGCCAGGUAAUAUAUAUAUAUAUUUUUUUUACAUUCUUUAUUUUUGCAUUUAAACCAACAAUCUUAUAGUGACAUUUCAGCAAGGUGAAAAAAAAACAUGACACAUUGUAAAUAUAACACUGGUAUUAAAGCUAGGUUGUUAGUUCAAAAAUAAUAUAAUUACAAAGGAUACACAUGCACAUCUGGGCAAGUAUCAGUACUGGACAUCUUAAUGAACAGCAAAACAAACUUUUAUACAACUUGAAGAAAGUAUAAUGGCAUCAGAAAGGAAAAUGGGGCAUCAGAUCUGUGUAGCUCUAGAAACUGUGACAUGACACAGCUUAACAUGUCAAGUCACCACACAUAUUCAGCCAAUUCCUUGGCAUGGGCAGAGUCCCGGAUGGUACCUCGAGAGGUGAGGCACAUCCUCAGGCAUGCUAUUCCACCAGCCCCACGCAGCAAACUAAGCCAGCACCCGUCCACUGAACCAACCAGCAGUGACCCAGCCAGAGUCCUGAGACCUAUUCCUAGACCUCCCAAAAGGGUGGACGUUGCUCCAGUAGUAAAACCUUCAUGGCUCUCAGCUCAGGUAGGCAGUCCAGUUGAGGCCCCUCCCGGAGACUCCAAUCAUUGCACAGGUUCAGUGAACGCUGUCAUUUUUCUAAGGUAUCACAAAAUGUAGCACACAAGGUGCCAAAUGCCUCAUGCAAGGAUAGACCUUGUUGUAUAGGCAGUUCUGCUUCCUCAUGAACAACCAUCUUGAAAGCCGCCAUUCUCCUGCCCAGGUCAGAUAUAGCAGAUUACAAUCCUUGGUGAGGACCGGGAUAACCUCCACAAGGGGGGGGGGAGUAUGGGGCCAUUGAUGAGUACAAAUUAAGACAUUUCUGACCAAGCUUGGAAGAUCCUCCACUUCCCCCGCCAAGGCCACACACCAGGCUACAAGCUUUGCCUGCCGACCAAGAAGGGCUCCAGAAUCAGGGCUGAUACAGUUAUAACAUAUGAAGUUGUGUUUCAACAUUUUUUAACUCCAGAAAUAUAAUAGUCAUCAAAAAACAUUUUUUUUAACCGUUACAAUUUGGACUGGGUGUUAUGUUUAGAGAAUUACUGACCAAUUUAGGUGACUAUGCGAGCUCUAUGUUGUUCUUAAAUAAGAUAAGUAAUUUACCAGAUAGUCAAUGUAUUUUAUUCAAGCAAACUUUGAAAAAUAUGCAAUUAGUGUGGAUUUUAAUGACAUGGAGAACCUUUAUACACAAACAUUGGCAAUGGUGUUGUUUAUAGCCGCCCUCCUUUUUUCUCGCCAUUUUGCAUCAGGAGUGUGGCUUCCUUGGGGUAAGUUGGGGACCAGGCUUCCCGGGUACAGGGCAAGUGCAGAAGCUUUGGCAGGCUGCUCUCCUUCUCUUCACAAGCACUGAGAGGAAGUGAUUUGAGAUUAGUUCCUGCAAGUGCUGUCAUGAAGAAAUUCAGACUCUCACUGCCCACUGCAAUCCACCACUAACAGAUAUCUGAAGAGUGAAGAAGUCUUACCGGGAUCUCUGUUUUAGACAAUCAUCUGAUCUCUCCAGCAAGUUUGGUUCUGGCAGAUUCAUUUGCCAUGCAAAGGCACCUCUUGUGCUAUAGGUUGCUGACUCCUGCCAUAGAUGGACAGCUCACUGGUGGGCACUAGAAGGAGUUGGAACAUUGAAAGUAGGAUCUUUGGUUACUGGUCAAGCACAAACAGGGAAAACCAUAUUUAACUAUCUCUCUGUGUCAGCGCUGCAGUCACUGCUUGAGAUCCUGUGUGUUUGCAUGUGUAUAUAUUGUGAUUGAUAGGGCACAAUAUGGUAACAUGGGAGGUAAUCUAAUCUCGCUCGCUCUUUCAUAUGUAUGUAGUGCCUUCUUAGCAUUGUUUUUCAGUUUUCUCUUAAAUAGUUAAGUGACAGUGGCCCAAAUUAGUCCUUCUUUCUUUCAAUGCUAUUUGUUUUCCAUUGAACAGCAAAGGUCUCCAGCCAACAGCAUAGGUCUCAAUAAACCCUUGGCUUACAACAGCUGUGAAUAAACUCUUUGCUAUUGAAUGUUGUAGUCCGCCAAGUCUGAAUUUAUUGUAACUCUGAAAUAGUGUCUACAUCUACCUUGCAACCAACAUCCAAGGUUUUUAGUUAAAGGGAUACUAUAGUCACUAAAAUAAAUAAUCAAGAGCUGUCGUGUUUAUAUCAUGCCUCUGAAGUUUCGCUGCUCAAUUCUCUGGCAUUUAUGAGUUUAAUUACUUCUGUUUCUGCCCAUGCUGCCCUAACCACACCUCCCCUGGCUGUGACUGGCACAGCCUGCAUGAAAACAAAAUGGUUUCAUUUUGAAUCAGAUGUUAACUUACCUCAGAAGUUUUUAUUUCCUGCUCUGAAUAUUAAACUUUAAUCACACACCGGAGGCUCCUGCAAGGUGUAGCAAGAAAUAAACAGUGCAGUAGAUAAGAAAUUCUAACUUAAAUAGAAAGUGCAACAUAGGAAGUAUAAACAUUAGAACUAACUUUACAGGAAGUGCUAGGAAGGAUGUGAAUGUGACAAGCAGGGAGACUGCAUAAACAAAGUGAUUUAACUCUUAAAUAGCAGAAAAUUGAGCAGUAAGAAUGCAUGGGCAUGAUCUAUAUACAACAAAACUGCUUAAUUAAGCUAAAGUUGUUUUGUUGAUGCCUUAACCAUGUGAGCAAUAAGUGGAAUGAAGGAGGAAAAGAAUUCAGUGCCGAGUUUGACUUUCAGCCACGAAUACGCUCAUUGACUGUGUAAAAAAGUAGCUUAGUGUUUACAAAACUGCUUAUUCACUAACCGUAGUCUUGGCUAUUUUUGCCUGAAGUUUGUAACUCGUGUUUUUCAAUUCUCUACAAUUCAUUGCUUACAGGGUUUUUCACUAAAGUAAGAAUAAAUACGCUAAGUAAAUUUCAAAUUUAAGAUAAAAAUAGCCGAACAACCUUUACUGUGCCAUCCCUUAGCUAAUAAACAGUUCUUUCUCAUUAUCACAGCUGUUGGACGCAAAACCAUUCUCCAGGUCUGGAGCCAGCUGAAUACUCUUUCCUUGCAAUUGUUUUUGAUCAAACUGCAUUUUAUAUUUAAGAUGGAUUGGCUAGAAACAUUGACCAAUAAGCAAAUCUUUGCCAGGAAAUUUCUCUUGACUUGGAGAGCAAAAAUUCUUACUCUGGAUGAUUCUUUUUGGUCACUCUUGAGUACCUGGCAUGGUUCUCGGCGGAGAUGGUGACAGGUCGUGACCCUUUAAGUGCGUUCCUUGAUGGCCAUAUUGUUUUACUUCUAGGCAUUUCAGCAAAAGCAGGUUGGGGGUUGGUGGGAUUGACUGGUGAACCAGCAUCUAGGGAUACAUAGAAACAUAGAAUGUGAUGGCAGAGAAGAACCAUUCGGCCCAUCUAGUCUGCCCAAUUUUCUAAAUACUUUACUAAUUAGUCCCUGACCUUAUCUUAUAGUUAGGAUAGCCUUAUGCAAAUCCCACGUAUGCUUAAACUCCCUCACUGUGUUAAUCUCUACCACUUCAGCUAGAAGGCUAUUCCAUGCAUCCACUACCCUCUCAGUAAAGUAAUACUUCCUGAUAUUAUUUUUAAACCUUUGCCCCUCUAAUUUAAGACUAUGUCCUCUUGUUGUGGUAGUAUUUCUUCUUUUAAAUAUAGUCUCCUCCUUUACUGUGUUGAUUACCUUUUAUAUAUUUAAACGUUUCUAUCAUAUCCCCUCUGUCUCGUCUUUCCUCUAAGCUAUACAUUUAACCUUUCCUUGUAAGUUUUAUCCUGCAAUCCAUGAACCAGUUUAGUAGCCUUUCUCUGAACGCUCUCUAAGGUAUCAAUAUCCUUCUGAAGAUACGGUCUCCAGUACUGUGUACAAUACUCCAAGUGAGGUCUCACCAGUGUUCUGUACAAAGGCACAAGCACUUCCCUCUUUCUACUGCUAAUACCUCUUCCUAUACAACCAAGCAUUCUGCUAACAUUUCCUGCUGCUCUAUUACAUUGUCUGCCUACCUUUAAGUCAUCAGAAAAAAUCACCCCUAAAUCCCUUUCCUCAGAUGUUGAGGUUAGGACUCUAUCAAAUAUUCUGUACUCUGCCCUUGGGUUUUUAGUCCAAGAUGCAUUAUCUUGCACUUAUCCACAUUAAAUGUCAGUUGCCACAACUCUGACCAUUUUUCUAGUUUACCUAAAUCAUUUGCCAUUUGGCUUAUCCCUCCUGGAACAUCAACCCUGUUACAUAUCUUAAUAUCAUCAGCAAAAAGACAUACCUUACCAUCAAGACCUUCUGCAAUAUCACUAAUAAAAAUAUUAAAGAGAAUGGUCCAAGUACAGAUCCCGAGGUACCCCACUGGUGACAAGCCCAAGCUUCGAAUAUAUUCCAUUGACUACAACCCUCUGUUGCCUGUCACUCAGCCACUGCCUUACCCAUUCAACAAUAUUGGAAUCCAAACUUAAAGAUUGCAAUUUAUUGAUAAUAUGUGCAACAUUGAUAAGCCUUCUAUGUGCAACAGUGUCAAAAGCCUUACUAAAAUCUAGGUAAGCAAUGUCUACUGCACCACCCUGAUCUAUUAUUUUAGUUACCCAAUCAUAAAAAUCAAUAAGACUAGUUUAGCAUGAUCUCACUGAAGUAAACCCAUGUUGUCUCUGAUCUUGAAAUCCAUGUGAUUUUAGAUGUUCAGCAAUCCUAUCCUUUAACAUGGUUUCCAUUACUUUCCCCACUACUGAAGUAAGGCUUACUGGCCUAUAGUUGCCCAACUCCUCCCUGCUACCUUUCUUGUGAAUGGGCACAACAUUCAUCAGCAUCGGCUGCCUAGUUCGCCUUAUAGGAAGCGCCGGCCCUGACUAUAGUGCCAGGAAAACAUACUCGGCGGGACAUGAGGGCUCUGGGGAGAGGAAGGGGUUAAAAUCUUACCUUUCUCCAGCGCCGGGCGGGGAGCUCUCCUCCUCCUCUCCUCCUCCAUUGCGACGUCAUCGGCUGAAUGCGCAUGCACGGCAGGAGCCGCGCGCACAUUCAGCCAGUUCAUAGGAAAGCAUUUACAAUGCUUUCCUAUGGACGCUGGCGUCUUCUCACUGUGAUUUUCACAGUGAGAAGCACGCAAGCGCCUCUAGCGGCUGUCAAGAGACAGCCACUGGAGGCUGGAUUAACCAUAUUAUAAACAUAGCAGUUUCUCUGAAACUAUGUUUAUAAAAAAAAGGGUUAAUCCUAGAUGGACCUGGCACCCAGACCACUUCAUUAAGCUGAAGUGGUCUGGGUGCUUAUAGUGGUCCUUUAAGAGAAUCUGAGAUUUACUCAUUAUUAUUUAUUCCAAGCUCAGAGGGUGGGUUUUCAGUUAUUCUCAGGCUUUUUAUAGACCACUUGAAAAUGUGUACCAAAUGUGUGCUACCAUACAGGCAAUGUAAUUAAUAAUGAAAUGUUGGUGGUGACCAUUUGGGGUUACCUUGUGAACUGCUACAUAUGUUAUGUACUUAUCACAACUGGUGAUUUUCUAUAUUAUAAUUUCAUGUAUCCGUGAGAAUACAGGGAGUGCAGAAUUAUUAGGCAAGUUGUAUUUUUGAGGAUUAAUUUUAUUAUUGAACAACAACCAUGUUCUCAAUGAACCCAAAAAACUCAUUAAUAUCAAAGCUGAAUAUUUUUGGAAGUAGUUUUUAGUUUGUUUUUAGUUAUAGCUAUGUUAGGGGAUAUCUGUGUGUGCAGGUGACUAUUACUGUGCAUAAUUAUUAGGCAACUUAACAAAAACAAAUAUAUACCCAUUUCAAUUAUUUAUUAUUACCAGUGAAACCAAUAUAACAUCUCAACAUUCACAAAUAUACAUUUCUGACAUUCAAAAACAAAACAAAAACAAAAUCAGUGACCAAUAUAGCCACCUUUCUUUGCAAGGACACUCAAAAGCCUGCCAUCCAUGGAUUCUGUCAGUGUUUUGAUCUGUUCACCAUCAACAUUGCGUGCAGCAGCAACCACAGCCCCCCAGACACUGUUCAGAGAGGUGUACUGUUUUCCCUCCUUGUAAAUCUCACAUUUGAUAAUGGACCACAGGUUCUCAAUGGGGUUCAGAUCAGGUGAACAAGGAGGCCAUGUCAUUAGAUUUCCUUCUUUUAUACCCUUUCUUGCCAGCCACGCUGUAGAGUACUUGGACGCGUGUGAUGGAGCAUUGUCCUGCAUGAAAAUCAUGUUUUUCUUGAAGGAUGCAGACUUUUUCCUGUACCACUGCUUGAAGAAGGUGUCUUCCAGGAACUGGCAGUAGGACUGGGAGUUGAGCUUGACUCCAUCCUCAACCCAAAAAGGCCCCACAAGCUCAUCUUUGAUGAUACCAGCCCAAACCAGUACUCCACCUCCACCUUGCUGGCGUCUGAGUCGGACUGGAGCUCUCUGCCCUUUACCAAUCCAGCCACGGGCCCAUCCAUCUGGCCCAUCAAGACUCACUCUCAUUUCAUCAGUCCAUAAAACCUUAGAAAAAUCAGUCUUGAGAUAUUUCUUGGCCCAGUCUUGACGUUUCAGCUUGUGUGUCUUGUUCAGUGGUGGUCGUCUUUCAGCCUUUCUUACCUUGGCCAUGUCUCUGAGUAUUGCACACCUUGUGCUUUUGGCACUCCAGUGAUGUUGCAGCUCUGAAAUAUGGCCAAACUGGUGGCAAGUGGCAUCGUGGCAGCUGCACGCUUGACUUUUCUCAGUUCAUGGGCAGUUAUUUUGCGCCUUGGUUUUUCCACACGCUUCUUGCGACCCUGUUGACUAUUUUGAAUGAAACGCUUGAUUGUUCGAUGAUCACGCUUCAGAAGCUUUGCAAUUUUAAGAGUGCUGCAUCCCUCUGCAAGAUAUCUCACAAUUUUUGACUUUUCUGAGCCUGUCAAGUCCUUCUUUUGACCCAUUUUGCCAAAGGAAAGGAAGUUGCCUAAUAAUUAGGCACACCUGAUAUAGGGUGUUGAUGUCAUUAGACCACACCCCUUCUCAUUACAGAGAUGCACAUCACCUAAUAUGCUUAAUUGGUAGUAGGCUUUCGAGCCUAUACAGCUUGGAGUAAGACAACAUGCAUAAAGAGGAUGAUGUGGUCAAAAUACUCAUUUGCCUAAUAAUUCUGCACUCCCUGUAUAAAUUUACCUAAAUCUAUAUCUCAGGAGGCUUCAGUAUUGAAAAAAACAAUUCUCUAAAUGUACAUAAUUUUAAUUUUAAUUUUAGGUAUACCUGAAAAUAUUAAUGCAUUCAUAAAACUAAGGUGGAUGAUGUAGAUGAAGAUAUGCGGUGAUGGAAGUUAAAUGCGGUGAUGGAAGUUAAAUAAACAUUUUUAAAAAUUUUUUUACUUAAAAAACAUAGUAGAGGUCGUAGAGUAAAAACUGAAUCUCAGACAACUACUGUAUAAACAAAACUUUGCUAUUUUAGCUUAAAUGUUGAAAUCUUAUAAUGAAUGGAUUAAGCACCUUUAAAUUAUUUACGCUUGAGUUUAUAUUGGCAAAUCCAACUAAAGUAUUUGUUUAUAACUUUACUGAUUUUGUAUCUCGAAAGAAUUCAACAAUUUAAAAAGUCACUGCAUUGCCCUUAGAUUACCCUUGGAAGAAAUGUAGAAAAAAUGGAAAUAGUUUGACAUGUGCAGCCAAACUUCUGCAGUAUUAUGCAAUCACUUGGAUUAUCUGUCCAUGUGUUUUAACGACAAUUUUCCACAUACUUGUAGCGCGCCUGUCCUUUCCACUGACAGUCUUUUUUUUUCCUGGCCCACCAGAUUUGAAUUUGCUUUGCAAGAUCUCACAGAUAUAUAGACGUUUAGUUACGUAACCUAAAAUCAGGGAGCGCUAACCAGGGCAUUUUAGACCACAAUAUCAAUUCCAGGCAUUUAUUUAAAGGUACUCUCCAGUGCCAGGAAAACAAGCUGUUUUCUCCUGCACCGGCGGUCCCUCCCUCCUGCACCCCCCCAUCCCAAGUUGCUGAAGGGUUUAAAACCCUUUCAGUGACUUACCUGUAUCCAGCGCCGAUGUCCCUCAGCGCUGGUUCAGGGUCCGCCCACGCUCCUCCCCCGCCGACGUCAUCCAGUGGGGGAGACCUAUUGCGCAUGGGCGGCCGGUGGCGGGGGAGACCUAAUGCGCAUGCGCGGCAAUGCUUUCCUAUGGGGAUUUCAGCAGCGCUGGAGGUCCUCACAUAGCGUGAGGACGUCCAGCGACGCUAUAGCACAGAAAAUUUGUGCUGUAAACCCAGAAGUGCCCUCUAGUGGCUGUGUAGUAGACAGCCACUAGAGGAGGAGUUAACCCUGCAAAGUAAAUAUUGCAGUUUAUGGAAACUGCAAUAUUUACAGUUACAGAGUUAAUGGGCAGAAAUGGUCUGGGUGCCUGGAGUGUCCCUUUAAGUUGUUGAAUUGUUUUCCGUAUACAUAUAAAUAAAUAAAUGUUGGUGUAAAAUUUGCAAAUUCAUUGUCAAUUCUACACAAUUUCAUAUUUUUUUUAAAAAUAAAAUAAAAAAUUUACAAACAUUUUAAUAAUUUCAGGACGACCCACAUAACUCAGUAUUUAGUGAAUAUACCUCUAAAUAAAUAAUUACUUUUAUCAUGAUAUGAAACAUCCUCCUGAGCACCUUGGAAUCUCUCCACUAGAUGGCGUACUGCGGCCUGAUAAGAGCACAGUGAUUUCAAAGAUACAUUGUAAAUAUUUGCCAUUUGUGAAAAAAUUAAUAUAUUAUAGUUGCAGUAUUAUAACUGGAAUAUUUUUUUUUUGCAGAUAGUUAUGCUUCAUAACCUAUUCAAUUAGAAUAGAUUGCUAUGUUGCUCGGAGUGUCCCUUUAAUUAAAGAUGUUUUUUUAUUUUCUUUUGUAAAUCAGUUCUCUAGAAUAACAUACGAUUUCAUGACAAUGAUCUGUAUUUCAGGGAAAUUGCUAUUUAAAACCCAGCCUUGGUGUGAUAGGAUACAGAUAACCUCAGUGUGAUAAAACAUAUUAAAUAGGCAGUCAGCGAUUGCAAUGCUGGCUUACUUCCUAAUAUUUCCUAUUAGAUAUGCCUGCAUCUGAGAGCUUAGACAAUGUGAGCAGUUUUUUACAGAUUUCUUCUAAUAUAGUAUGUGAUUUUGUAAGAUCUUAUCAUGUGAUAUAUUUUACCAGACUUGGAUUGGAUGUCUGUAUUCUCUAAUGCGACUGUGGUUAAUUUUAAACCUGUGUCUGCUAUUUUUGACAGUGAUAAAGUAAUACGGAUUGUGCCCAAAAAUGAUAUAGAAGCCUAUGAAUUAAAGGCUCUUUACAGCAAGCUUCAGGUAAGGCCAGGUUAAAAAAGAACAGUAACCUUUGCAUAAAUCUUUAUUUUGUAUAUGUAAUCAUAAGCUCAUGUGUGCUUUCAUGUUAUGGGUAUAGACAGAAGGACAGACAGGUAUAGAUGUAUAAUACAGAUACAGGAAAUUCAAGGCUAUGAACUGUAGUACCCAUUAGCAUCAAGCAGUCACGUUGCAAGUUUGUGGAAGGCCUAGAUUGGAUCUUGAUUAAAUAUUAUUGGAUAAGCUUUUCAAAUGAUUUAAUAUUUCUGGAUACACUUUUUAUUUUAAAAAAAAUCCAAAUAUUAAAAUAUAAAAAAUAUUAUAUAAAAAAUAUAUAUAAUUUUUUUAAUAUUUUUAAAAAUAUUAAGUAAUUCAUACAGUUUAUUACAAAAAAAAUUAAAUCACUUAAAAAGCUUAUACAAAAAUAUUAGAGCAGGGCCUUGUCCUGGGAGGUUGGGAAUUUAUUCACUUAAAGGAAAUCUUUUUAUUUUUUUUUAUUUAUUUUUUAUAAAAUUUAUUUGAUUCAUGUCCACUAUUUUAAGGACAAGAUAUGGCUGUUAAAUGUAGUCCUUGAUUCUGCCCCUUUUGUUCCAAUCACUCGUAUGAUGGACUACAAUUCUCAGUAUUUUUUUGUGGAACAUAUGGCCAAAAGAUUCAUGGGAGUUAGAGUUCAGCGACAUCUGGCUGUCCUGCCUAGUGUGUUGUGUAUUGGGCCUCAGUGGCACAGGACACAAAGAAGAUGAAUUAGUUCUGUUUAAAUGGGUAUUGCUGAUGUGAUAAGCGUUACCGUUGCCUAUAUUAUAUAAACAGGUUGGUUCCUGCAGGUGGAUUUAUGGCAGCCCAGUAGUCUCAGCUACAUUGGGAAAGACACAGUCACUGACGUGCGUACUUCAAACAACAGUUCCCAGACACUGCUCACCUACCUGAGAAAUUCCAACAUACAGCACACGUAAGAUCACGCUUCUUUAGACAUAUGUCUGUUAAAUCUUUUUAACAUCGUUGGUGCCAGAGCAAUGACUUGUAGUCUUCACUGGUGAGUCUGUUUGCUAUAUAAGCAGAAUAAACUGUAUUUACAUGUAGUGAUGUCCUAAUUCAGCUUUUUAAAGACUUAGCAUUUCCAGUCCAUUGCAUUGUUUUCCAAAGUGUCUAGUAGUUAAUUAUCUCUCAUCAUUAAAUAUUAAUACGUCUGGUUUCUGUCUCCCUAUGUGAGCAAACUCUCCCUCCUCGAAACAAUAUAAAAAAGAUAGCAAGCUGUAAAUUUAACAAAUAUUCCAAUGUGUGUGCCCUAAUCUAUAUCCACUAAUCUAUGCAAGUCCCCUGCUGCGAUUAUAUGAGAUAUUAUUUUUCUGCCCUGUAGGAUUCUUGUAAAUAAUUUGCAGAAGGUGAUUGAAAAGCAAAAUGUUUCUGGAACACAGAGAUAUCGUAGGUCAUUGUCAAGAUACAAUUAUGAAGAAUACCAUUCACUGGAUGAGGUAGGUACAUUUAUAUCAGUUAUUGUUCAUCGGUUAGUGGGUAUAUUGCAUCUAAAAUAUAUGUAUAAAAUAACUAGCAAAAGAAUGAUAAUAAUAACACAUGCACGUAUACACAUGCGCACAAUAUCUGAAAUGUCUAUUGAGAAGUAACUUAAAGCAGUGUUUCCCAACCCAGUCCUCAAGGCACACCUACCAGUCCAGGAUUUAGGGAUUACCCAGUUGUGUCUAAGGUGUUUUACAAAGAAGAAAAAAAACACCUUAGACACAACUGGGUAAUCCCUAAAUCCUGGACUGGUAGGUGUGCCUUGAGGACUGGGUUGGGAAACACUGACUUAAAGGAGCAUACACACUGCAAUGUCCAUACGGAACAUAAUAAGUUAAUGACGCACCUGUCAAACCUGGCAUCAUGAAUGCACUUGGCUGUCACAGGCCUGUCUAGCGCGACUUAGUAAUAUUUACAAUGAAUUCAUGAUUGAGAUACUGUUUUAAGACACUGAUAUUCUAUGAAUUUGCUGUCAAUAAUAAUAAUAAUAAUAAAUAAUGUGGUGAUUAUUUAAAUAGAAAUCACACCUUAAUUUAUCAGUUAUUUACUCCAUGGUAAUGUAGGCUUUUAUUCUUCUUUAAGUUACACUGUAAGCACCAUAACCACUUUAUUGGAAUUAAGUGGUUAUGGUAUCUGGAGUCUAUCUUGAGUCCCAUUUGGCGAAUAUCUACUAAACAAUGUAAGCACUGUAGGGGUUAUGGUGCUUAGAGUGUUCCUGUAAUUACAUUUAAAAUUCCUCAAGUUAAUAAUGAAUCCUAUUUUCUGCAGUAAAAUCUACAUCCUCUGUUAAAAUUAGCAUUCCAUUUUUCCCCCUAGAUUGAACGUUGGAUGCAUCACAUGAAUAAAACCUAUCCUCACCUUGUCUCCAUGUUUUCUAUUGGAAAAUCAUAUGAAGGAAGACCAUUGUAUGUGCUAAAGGUAAUACUGAAUAUAGUCCAUUUAUUCUGCACAAGUGAAGGCCCAGCUCGUGGAUAAAAGAAAAGUUGUAUUCUAUUGCAGCAAUGUCCAACAUUUUAUUUGGAAUAAAAGAGAGAACUAUUAAUAUCCCUAGAAUGUAAGCUUGUUUGAGCAGCUCCCUCAGCACUCUUUGUCCCUGUGCACCCAACUUGUCUUUUUGCAAAUUCUUGUCUGUUAGUCCACCUGUUGUAAAGUGCUGCAAAUGUGUUGAGGAUUUAUAAAUAAUAAUAAUAACCCUAAUAAAUCAUGGAAUAUUUGCCUCCUUGUAUGGUGAGAGUCCACAAGUCACGUAAUUUGGGAUAAAUUACCUCCCAACUAGAGCAUGUAGUAAUUAUGGUGUAGUUCCUUUAACCAUGAAUGAUUGUGACAUACUUUGGAAUUUGUUCGUGUAUUUAGGAAGUGUCCUUCCUUGUUUGUUAAUAUUUCUGGAUCCAGUUUGGUUCAAAAGGCUUCAGCUAUCACUCUGGUCAGCUGGCUCAUAUCUAUGUUCCAGAAGGCUUAUGACGUGACUAACAAACCUCCUCUAGAUCAGGUCAUUGUUUAGUCCACUCUGUGAUGGCUACCUUGUGGGUGUUACACCUUGAUAUUCUAUGAGGCAAAUAUGCAUAGCAGCAACUUGACUGUCCUUGCAUACAGCUUCCAAAUGUUAUUGUAAUAAUGCCUUUACAUCCAUUGAUGCAGUUUUCUCUUGGCAGUUGUUCCUGUUUAGUCACCAUCAGUACUUUUUCUAUUUUUUGAGAUGGCCUCUUGUUCUAUUUGACUAUAGGAGCCUAUGUGUCAUGACUUGUGAGCUCUCAAUAUUCAAGAGAAGACAACAUAAAUUGUGUCAUACUCAACAAAUUAAUUUCCUUCUAGGUGGUGAGAGCCCAUUAAACACUGCCCUUCAUUAGGUGCCAAUGCCUUGUUUUUUGCUUUAACUGCCCUGGUCACUUUGAUGUUUCCUCCUGCUUUUUCUCCUCCUAUGUUGGGCUAUACAUAAAACUGAGGAUUCUAGGGGAAGAUGCUGAAGAGCCUUCUCCAGUUGGGAGUGACUUUAUCCCAUAUGUCAAGACUCAUGGGCUCUCACCAUCUGGAAGGAAAUUAAUUUGUCAGAAAACACGUAACUGUUGUCGUUCAGCUAUUUCCAGGCAGUGUCGGUAACAUGUAGGAGUUAGAAUCUUCUGAUUGUAUAGUCACUUCUUCAAACUGCAUUGAGAAAACAUAUGACCAAUACCCACCAUUCAAGGUGGUUCUCAAUGUCAGGCCAAGAGCAAUGGAUAAGUAUUUGUGGUCCUUAUAAGUCUUGCCCAAUAUGAGGAUACUGAGAAAAAUUAACUAUAUAUUUAUGAAGAUUUCAGAGUCCAGUGUCUCAUCAUAAUCUCUUGGAUCUCCCACAAGGAUUGUACAGCAAGACUUAGUAGAGUUACAUAGUUACAUAGUUAGAUAGCUGAAAAGAGACUUGCGUCCAUCAAGUUCAGCCUUCCUCACAGAUGUUGUUGCUGUUGAUCCAAAAGAAGGCAAAAAACCUGGUCUGAAGCGCUUCCAAUUUUGCCACAAACUAGGAAAAAAUUCCUUCUUGACCCCAAAAUAGCAGUCAGAUGUCUCUUUGGAUCAAGCAGCUAUUACCCCACUAAUUAGAAAUUAUAUCCCUGUAUGUUAUGUUUUUGUAAGUAUUUAUCCAAUUUCAGUUUAAACAUCUGUAUGGACUCUGACAAAACUACCUCUUCAGGCAGAGAAUUCCAUAUCCUUAUUGUUCUUACUGUAAAAAAAACCUUUUCUUUGCCUUAGAUGAAAUCUCCUUUCUUCCAGCCUAAAUGUGUGACCUUGUGUCCUAUGUAUAGCCCUGUUUAUGAAUAGAUUUCCAGAUAAAGGUUUGUACUGGCCCCGAAUAUAUUUGUAUAAAGUUAUCAUAUCCCCUCUCAGGCGCCGUUUUUCCAAACUAAACAGAUUUAAUUUUUUAACCUUUCUUCAUAACUAAAAUGCUCCAUUCCUUUUAUCAAUUUUGUAGCUCGUCUCUGGACCCUCUCCAGUGCCAUGAUAUCCUUCUGUAGAACAGGCGCCCAAAAUUGCACAGCAUAUUUAAGGUGUGGUCUUACCAGCGAUUUAUAAAGAGGCAGAAUUAUAUUUUCAUCCCGAGAAUUUAUGCCCCUAUUUAUACAUGACAAAAUUUUACUGGCCUUAGCAACUGCAGAUUGACAUUGCAUAUUGCUGCCUAAUUUGUUGUCUAUAACAAUUCCCAAAUCCUUCUCGUGUGUGGUUACCCCUAAUUCACUACCAUUUAGUGUGUAAGUUGCUUGUGCAUUCUUAACCCCGAAGUGCAUAACUUUGCAUUUCUCAAUGUUAAAUUUCAUCUGCCAUUUUAGUGCCCAGUCCCCCAAUCGAUCCAAAUCUCUCUGCAGCAAAGCAAUAUCCUGCUCACAUUUUAUUACUUUACAAAGUUUUGUGUCAUCUGCAAACACUGAUACAUGGCUUCCAAUGCCUAUUUCAAGAUCAUUUAUAAAUAUGUUAAAUAGAAGUGGUCCCAAAACAGAACCCUGAGUGACACCACUUACCACUUUUGUCCAGCCUGAAAAUUUACCAUUAAUUACAACUCGUUGUACUCUAUCCUUAAGCCAAUGUUCUACCCAAGAACAAGAAUAUUCAUCUAGACCAAUUUCUUUUAGUUUGAAGACUAACCUAUUGUGAGGAACCGUAUCAAAUGCCUUGGCAAAAUCCAAGUAGAUCACAUCCACUACAACACCCUGAUCUAUACUUCUACUUACUUCUUCGUAGAAUGCAAUUAGGUUAGUUUGACAUGACCUAUGUUUCAUAAAACCAUGCUGAUUAUUGCUAAUAACAAAGUUCUUCCCAAUGAAUUCCUGAAUAUUAUCCCUUAAUAGCCCUUCAAAUAUUUUCCCAGUUACAGAAGUUAAGCUCACAGGUCUAUAAUUUCCAGGCAAGGAUUUUGAACCCUUUUUAAAUAUAGGAACAACAUCUGCCUUCCUCCAAUCCUCCGGUACAACACCUGAAACAAAAGAAUCUUGAAAAAUUAAAUACAAAGGUUCACUUAUUUCCCAACUUAGCUCCUUAAGUACUCGUGGGUGAAUACCGUCAGGCCCCGGAGCUUUAUUUACAUUAAUUUUCUUUAAUAGCUGUAGCACCUUGUCUCGAGUUAUCCAAUCACAAGUUAUUUGCAAGUUUUUUGCAGCAAUCAUUUGCAUAUCUCUUGCCAUAGGAUCCUCAUUAAUAUAUACUGAAGAAAAAGUAUUGCAGCUCUUGUCUUAUAUCCACUCAAACACACAUUUUCUUCUCUACCCCUAUUGUAAAGUUGCAAGGCUAUUUGUUAGAUAUAAUGUCUGUUUUUGUUUUGUAGUUGGGGAAAAAGGCCUCUAGAUUUAGAAAGAAAGCAAUUUGGAUUGAUUGUGGUAUUCAUGCACGGGAAUGGAUUGGACCUGUGUUCUGCCAGUGGUUUGUAAAAGAGGUAUGUAUCAUAUAUGUUCCAUACCAAUUCAUACCAGCACUGAAAGAGGUCAGCUGAUGCUGUCAGCCAAUCACAGCUGCCCAUUGCUGCUCUAGUUAAUGCUUCCUUAUUAGCCCAAGAUGCACAGAGGGAAUGGGCUGAUGGGGAAUCUCAUUUAGCAUUAAAACAUUAUAUAACAGUUUAAUGCUGGUAGAUGGACAGCCCCAGGAGGCUCCAGACACUAUAACCACUUGAGUGAGUUGAAGCACUCACAGUGCCUACAGUGUCAUUUUAAGCCUGUGCAGUUGCCUCUGAAUGCUUUCUCAUGCCGUGCAUAUAAUACUGAUAGAGGUUGCAAAGAAAAGGGAAGCCACACGUCACAUCUCAAGUAGGACUUUUUAGACAGGAUAAGACCAAAUACAUAUUGCAGAUAUAUAAAGGAUGUUUGCACUUGGUUCUUUACUUUUACUGCUCAUUGGAUAGAUCACAAGUAAUAUUUAUUUGUAUAUUUCUCAAUCUGUGUAAUUGCAAAGCUCCAGGUUCCAGUACUGGUAGAGAUUAAGAGCAGGCAUUGUCUGUUCUUUAUUGACAUAUAUGUCCUGGACUGGUUGUACUCUGCCAUUUUAUACAUGAAUCAAAGAUGUUAAACUCCAAGAAACCUUAGUAAAAUGUAUACUCCAGGUAAAUCUUCACUCUAGUUUUAAUCUAUGAGCUGACUUUUACACUGCAAACUAAUUUGGUGUGGCCGAAUCGUCUUCCAAAAAACUAAUUAUGUGUCAAUUGAUUUGGGAUUCGUUCAUUUGAUUUUUUGUGGGGCAAUUCCUCCCAUGCAAUCUUUUUAGGAAUAUUGAUUUGGACAAAUCAAAAACUGUAAAAAUGUGCCAAUCAUAUCUUUUUAAAAUAUAUAAUGCAUAAAUAUAGAUUAGUUUUUUAAUGCUCUGCCUGUCUUCCUCUCUGUUGGUCAAUUCUCACUUGAUCUGUUAAUAAAAUAAACAACAUCCAGUUGCUGUCCCCUAGUCAUCCUCCAUAUAUCUAUUCUAUUGGCACCACGGACGGAACUCCGAAUCAACAAAACUGUUUGUUCACUGUCCAUUUUUUUUGUAUUAUGAUUCAUCCACAUAGCAUUUUGGAGUUGUGGAAAUCAGGAGGAUAGUUGAUCUAACAAAAAUCGAACCAACCGCAAUCAAUUUCAAACUGCAUGCACAAGUCAAAAAAAUAAAUGUUAAUACCGCACUCACAUGCAUGAAUGUGCAUAAAAAAAUGCAUAAGAAAAAAAGGAAUCAAUGUAUAAAUAUGCAAAAUUGUAUUUAUUAUACACUAACUAUAUCUAAUUCAUGCAAGUAGAAAAAGAACCACUGUUACUAUCGAAUGCAAAUUGAUGAUCUUCUUCAUAAGUUCAUCAAUAAUACACAUAGCAAAAACUCAUAGUAUAUACACAUCUCAGACUAUUUACAACUAUAUACAGUGCAUGAAUCCCAUAUAUGUGAAACUGGGAAUUCUUGAGUAUUCAGGUGGAUCCACCACUCAGUUGCUGUGAUAUUGAAUAAACAAUGGUAAAAGCAUAAUAAUAAAAAAUAAAAAAUAUAAUAAAGAAAAAAUGAAUCACAAAAUAUAAGUGAAAAAAUAUAUGGACAAAAAGUAGAAAAAAAUGGAAAAAAUAACUAGCAAAAUAAAUAAACAAUAGAAAAAUAAAAAAUUGAAAAAGUCCAAAAACCAAGAAAAAAAGUGCACUAAUUAGAUGGUAGAAAAAUGGACGGAUCUCACCACAGGUAGUUUUGCUGUAGAUAUAAACCACUUAUAAGCUGUAGAUGUCCAGUUGCUGAGGAAAGGGUCUUGUGAAAUAAUGAAGCAGUGAUAGGAAAAAUCUUCGAAGGCCCCUGCACUUCCGUCCCGAGCGAGCAGCCCAGUUACAGACACGUGAGACAGGAGGACUGAGACAGGAGAACUGCUGACCCGAUCAGGCAAAUAUUUUUCCUAUCACUGCUUCCACCUGAAUACUCAAGAAUUCCAAUCUUCACAUAUAUGGGAUUCAUGGACUGUAUAUAGUUGUAAAUAGUCUGAGAUGUGUAUAUACUAUGAGUUUUUGCUAUGUGUAUUAUAGAUGAACUUAUGAAGAAGAUCAUCAAUUUGCAUUCGAUAGUAACAGUGGUUCUUUUUCUACUUGCAUGAAUUAGAUAUAGUUAAUGUAUAAUAAAUUACAUUUUGCAUAUUUAUACAUUGAUUCCUUUUUUUUCUUAUGCAUUUUUUUUAAUGCACUUUCAUGCAUGUGAGUACGGUAUUAACAUUUAUUUUUUUGUAUAUUUAAUUGAGGUUACUUUGGGGAAAACCUCUAAUACCUGCACCAUUAUGUAAUUGAGUGCCAGCACCACCAUUUUUGAUUUUUGAAUGCACAAGUCUCCUAAUCAGAUAUUGUAGAGUCUGAGAAAGAAUAUUGUAAGUGCACAGAACUCUAAUUAUCACUGCUAAUUAUGUGCUAUGUAUCUGCCAAUAAGUACACUGCCCAUGUGUGAGAUUUCGGAUUUAUCAUUUAAUUUAAUACAUAAUGCUGAAAUGUACUUAAACAGUCGGUAAUCUUUUUACAUAACAUUGAGGGGUUGUUUUUAUUUUUAUUUUUUAUUUACUUAGGCACUUAAUACAUAUCACCUUGACCCUUCUAUGAAAAAAAUCCUCACUCUUCUGAAUGUCUAUAUCAUGCCAGUGUUUAAUGUAGAUGGCUACCAUUAUAGCUGGACAACAGUAAGUGUCACACAUGAUUAUUUUUAAGGAGUGCAUUUUGAUGAAUGAAAUACUAGUUAUAUAAUUAAAUAUCAUUUUUGUAAUAAUCGCACAUAUUACUGUAUGUUAGUAGUAAUAGUCAUGUCUGUGUAUAGGGGUGCAGGUACAUUAUAACUUCGGGGACAGUAAGUGCAUUGCUGUACAUUUGGAGCAUCUGCAUUGCUCGAUAGUAGGUGUAGGUACAUUGCUGUAUAUUGGGAGCGGGUACAUUGCUGUAUACUGGAGAAGGUACAUUGCUAUAUGUUGGGAGAAGGUACAUUGCUGUAUACUGGAGCAGGUACAUUGCUGUAUGUUGGGAGAAGGUACAUUGCUGUAUGUUGGGAGAAGGUUCAUCGCUGUAUACCGGGAGGCAGAGCAGGUACGUUGCUGUAUACUGGAACAGGUACAUUGCUGUAUGUUGGGAGAAGGUACAUUGCUGUUUACUGGAGCAGGUACAUUGCUGUAUAUUGGGAGAAGGUACGUUGCUGUAUAUUGCGAGAAAGUGCAUGGCUGUAUUUUGGGAGAAGGUACAUUGCUGUAUAUUGGGAGAAGGUAUGUUGCUGUAUAUUGGGAGCAGGUACAUUGCUGUAUAUUGGGAGAAGGUACAUUGCUGUAUACUGGAACAGGUACAUUGUUGUAUGUUGUGAGAAGGUACAUUGCUGUAUGUUGUGAGAAGGUACACUGUUGUAUGUUGGGUACAGGUACAUUGAUGGACACUGGAAGCAGUUACAUUGUUGUAUACUGGGAGCAGAUACAUUGAUGUAUAUUGGGAGCAGAUACAUUGAUGUAUAUUGGGAGUAGGUACAUUGUGGUAUUAGUCAUAUAUAUUGUAGAUACGUAUAAACCCUCACAAUCAUACUGCGCUGUUUGUCAUUAAUUCACAUCACUUGUUUGUGUUUUUCGUUCACAGUGAUAAUUAAGGCCACAGCCAGUUAAGUUUAGAUUACUAUGUUCCUAAUUAUUAUUAUAAUUAAUGCAAAUACUGGUGCGUUUUGCCCCCGAAUCUGCCUCCUUGGUUGGAAAUUGUGUUGUUUUACAUUAUUUCCACACUAAUUGCACACCAGGCAUUCCAAUCCUUUUGUUCAAAUGUUCAAAGUUGUUUUAUCUCUAUUUAUCGGGGUUAAUUAAACGAGAAUCAGGCAGUUGCCUUAAACAUGCUAUUGUGGCAAAGUCACAACAAUAUAUUUCCCCAACAGAUAACUUAAUUAAUGAGGGAUGUAUUUUUAACCUUAGGAACCAUAGGAUUCCUUAUAUUGUUUGAAUUAGGUAUUUGUAUUGUACGCAUGCAAAUUAUCACUUGUAGCAUAAUUUAAUUGACUUUGUCACACUCACAAUUAAAAUUCCUUAUGGAUGCAAUUUCCAUCACUCUUCAUUAAUUCUUCGGAUUUCCUCGGUUUCCAUUUGCAAUCGGAAAUCUGCUGUGUCAUUGAAUUUAUUUCCAUUUAUUAUACAUUUCAUGCUCCAUUAAUCAUUUCUGUCAAAUACAUAAAGAUCUUUAUCCUUAAAGGGACACACAAAAUACCAUAACCAUUACAGCUUUAUCUAGUUAUAAUGGUGCAAAGAGUAUUUUUACUAAACCAUUUUUAAGCAAGAUAACAAAAGAUGAUGGGAGGUGAGGGUUGUGGCACCACAUGCACCUUGCUCUAUACUCACUUCAGUGAACUGUAAUAGUUAGGUUAAAUUGUCCCUGUAAAACUAUACAUAAUUUCAUACAUACAUACAUGUUCUUUGACAUAAUAGUUUAACCCUUUUUUUACAGAUACAUUUAAAGGGACACUAUAAUCACCAAAACAACCUUUAGCUUAAUGAAGCAGUUAUUGUGUCUAGAUCACGCCUCUGAAGUCUCACUGCUCAAUUCUCUGCCAUUUAUUAGUUCAAUAAUUUCUUGUUUUUGUCCAUGUGGCCAUAGCCACACCUCCCCUGGCUGUGACUGACAAAGGCUGCUUGAACAAAAUGGUUUCAUUUUCAAUUAGAUGUUAACUUUUAAGAUUGUUAUCUCCUGCUCUGUAAAUUGAACUUUAAUCACAUACAACAGUCUCCUGCAAAAUCUAGCAAGCUAUAAACAGUGCAGGAGAUAAGACAAGCGAAAUGAAACAUACUUUUCCAUAAAGGAAGUUUAAACAUUAGAUCUCUCUUUGCAGGAACUAUUUAGGAAGGCUGUGCAAGUCACAUGCAGGGAGGUAUGACUAGGGCUGCAUAAUCAAAGUGAUUUAACUCCUAAAUAGCAGAAAAUUGAGAAGUCCAACUACUGGGCCAUGAUAUAUACACUGAAACUACUUCAUUAAGUUAAAGUUGUUUUGGUGACUGUAGCUUCACUUUAAUAUCAAGGGUCUAUCAUCUGCAAAAAUAUGUCCUUUCUAGCCCCAAUCCCCAGAAAAAUGCUUACACUGAACAAUGUAGGAAUUGUUGGAACGUAUUUCAGGCACAUUCAGUUUAGUGAUACUUGUUGGGGAGAAAAUCAGCCCGGGCCCUUUCUGGAUGAUGGAUAUUUGCCAACUCAUUCAGAGCUCUGGAAAUUGGAAAUGAAUAGCAGAGACGUGUUCAAUAACCAAUUCAAAUUUUAUUCAUACGUCAAUUAUAUUUAUACCCCGUUUUCAAAGCCGGAUGGGAGGGGGGAAAAUGAGCAUAUGGGUGUGACAAUGAUGACAAUGACAUAGAUUGUUUUUCACAAGUUAUGAGCAGCUGUUUCUCGUUAUCCUACAUUAUAUAACGCACGUAUAUUUUAUAAAAAACAGAUAUUUACAAAUACCAAAAUCUUGGACAAUUAACAAGAACAUUUCGAAAUCAGUACUUUUCCCGUAACUAGGAUUUUAGAUAAAUUUAUUUCCGAGAAUUGGGGAUACAAUUCCAAAUUUAUUCUUGGUUCAAAUUAACCCUUAUAUGAACAGCUAGGAUAGAUAGUGAAAUGGAUAUUCAUAUCUACAAUUCCCCUCUUAGAUCAUAUCAUUAUCUACCUUAUGGAAAAUAUCCAUUGGAGGCAUGCGGCAGAGAAACGAAAGGACGUAUAUUCAGACGUGCUAAUCACGUCUGCGGGACUUUCAUUAUUUCUUCACCUUGAUUUCUCCCAUUUGCUCUGUGCCAUAGGUUUUCAUAGGAGUUCGAGCUGUCAAUUUUCAGCUUUUUCAAUUAUCUGUUGAAUCCAUCUUUUAAGCGUACAAGUUAAAUAUUUCAAACAGCUGACAUGUUAACCAUUUUUAAACAGACUGAACAUCAUGUUAUCUGUAGCUUGAGCCUUGGGUCAAUACAGGCAAAGUGUAUUAUUCCCAACAACAGGAAUAUUAUUAUUAUUAUAAUUCAUAAUGUAAGCUCAUAUAGUCAAAACGGGAAUAAUAUCUAUCCCCCUCUUUGGACCAGGGUCUUGGAUUACCAGUCCACCCGGUGAUCUGGGGUCAGGUCAAAAAACCCCAGUGGCAAAAACUCAUAUUUGAGAAAAAAAGCACAUCUGGGGAAACCCUGAGUGAGGGCCAUGACUGUGUAGACAUGUCAUCCCCUCAUGUUGACAGCACUAGUGACUUAUAAAACCCGCACUUGUAAGUAAAUAGCUCGGGUAUCGGGAUUGGGAAACACUUCUUGAUUAGUUUGAAAAGCCCCAUUUACAUAUGAAAUCAUGAGAUAACUUAUAAUCAGCUUGAAAUUCUAACAAUAAUCCCAAUCCUAAUCACAUCCCUAUUGAUUAGUCAUAUCCACACUUAGUCAUAUCCACACUUAAUACAUGGGAAUCCAUCCUUGGUACACUCAACAUACAUCAAUGACACACAUAGUACAUCUAUGCCUGAGUAAGCUAACACUUCCUCUCUCUCCGGCUAACUCUACAAAAAUAAAAAUAACAAAAUAGUUCAAUAGUCCAGCAUAGUCCAGAAAAAUGGAAUAAGUCUUUCAAGGAGUAUAAAGAAUCUUAGACACUAUAAACUUUGUUCCAUAAUCUUAGACACCAUAACAUAGCUAAGGGUAGCAAUACGGCUGACAACAAGACAAUGUCAGCUUCCACAUAGUUCUUAAUUCUUCUGUUUGCAGGAUGUUCACCACAAUACUCUGUGCAACACCCCAAUUGUUGAAAGGUUUAAUACAGAAAUAGCGGCAUUAGACAGCACUGCACCUUCAGGACUUUCCAAGUUAGUUUACGUCCUCAUAAGUAAGCAUCUCAGUUUCUUCAGCCAGUAUUCAAUAAUAAAUCAGUUAUUUAAUAGAUUAUUACGCUGCCAUUUCCAUCUGUAUCAAUACUGAGACAAACUUAUUCAAAUAUAAUUUAAAAUAACACAGCAAAAUACCCAUUAACAUACAUGACAAUUAAACUGCACACUUCAAAAUGAGUAACCAAAACAGACAUUUAUCACAAUCACCAUUAACACAGAAUAAACUUUCAACAGCUGUAUUUAGAACAUAUUAUUGUAAUUUGAUACAAAAUUUUAGUUUGUAUCAAAUUUAUUUAAGAUUUCUGGUACCAAAGGUUUUUUUGUUUUUUUUAAAGAAGGGAUCCCGUACGGCCAUAUAGCGCGUUUGACUUAAACAUUUGUAUAACACUUGCGUUAACCAGUUGCAACAUAUGUACCCUGUCAAUAGAAUUUCUCUCUUAUGCGCUUAUAGAACAUUUGGACCAGAUUACACAGACAUGGUAUCACCUGCAUUUGUCAGAACUCUCAAAGACUCAAAAUAUUUAUACUACUCCAUGUUAAAGGAAUGUCAAAAUUUUGACCGGUCAAUUUGAGUUCCCAAAAGUCAUAACAACACAGGUAAAAACCUUUGUCCAUGGUUUUCUGAUCCUACAUUCCAUGACCAAAAUUUCAAACCCACUUCUGCACAGUUUGGGUCACAAGCAAUAAAAUCUCAUCAUCCCCAUACAACAAUUGUACAUUUUGCUCUCUAAUUUAUAAACAUCUACAUUUACAACCUAAAUUCUCUGCAACAAACACACAGGGCAGAAAAAAUGUGGUGUUUGACAUUUGAAUGAAGUGACUUUUUGUCCCAAUAUGAAAUAAAGGGCUCAUCAUAUAAACAAUCAUAAAUCCCACUCUCAUGAAAAAGUGUAGUGGGCUUAUAGUACUUUUGUCCAAGUAUAAAAAUAAAGGGCUCAUUAUGCAAACAAACAUACAUGCAGAGAAAUCAUGUUAGUUCUAGAAUUUGUAGCCCCCCUUAAUUAACCUCUUAAUUAGCCAAAGGCUUGAAAAUCUUUUUACCACCUGCCAAAGGUGAACCUCUACCAAAGAGGAAUUGUCUACCAUAGACAAUUGAGCACAAUACUGCCUGCCAAAGGCUUUCCUCCAACCCAAGGAGUAAUAGAAGUCUACCUUAGACUUAAAAAAAAUACCAUGUCUACCAAAGACGUUAUACAGUGAGAAUACCUUUAAAUAAACAUUUAAAUAGUGAAAACCCCCAUUUAAAUGACAAAUGCAAUGUGUGGGGGAUGGGAGAAGUAGGUAAAGAAGGACUUUAAAGAUCCUCUUACCUGUCAUCUCCGUUCCGUCCAAUUGCAACCCAAAACUUCUGACACCAAUUUGUGUAUGUAUAGUUAAGGAAAAAUGGCAUUUUAUAAAUAUUAUUUAUAAGGUAAAUUAUACACCACACUAAUUUAUCCAUAAUGUGCAUGAUCAAUUAUUGAGGAUGUGUUCAACAAUGACUUGCGUGGAACUGACAAAAUCGCUUGUAAAGUAUACACGAUAACAGCAGGGUUAGGUAUGUUUUUUUUGAACCAGUGUAUUUUACAUUAAGCUAGCCAGUCUGUUGUCAAGUGUUCUGAAUUUAUUUCCUCCUUCCUGUUUAGGCUGCACAAUUGCAGUGGUCUAACAUAUCUAAAUGGAAUUAGACAGUAACUUGGAACAUUUCCCUUGCCUUUGUCAGUAGAGCAGGCAGUAUAUAACUAAUGAGUUCUGUAGUAAGUGAAACACAAUGACGCCGGCAUCGCUGGAGAAUAUAUUAAUAAAUACUGGUUUACAGAAGCAUAAGUAAUGCAGAAACACAGCUGGAUUGUUGUUUUUUUUUGCAAAGUUGUAAAAGUGGAGUAUUAAGCAAGAUUUACUCCAUUGGUUUCCAUGUUAAAUAAGGACAGUUUUAAAAAGCUCUGUUCAUGACUUUAAAAAAUGCAUAUUAUUGCACGUGUGUAGGUGUAUGGAAGACAAGCUUUGUACCCAUUUGCUUUAUUGUUGGAUAUAGAAUUGGAUAUAGAAUCCUACAUUUGUGCAAUUUUCAGAACUGUUGUUUCUGAACUCAUCAGGAUCGUUUCUGGAGAAAAACACGAUCGAAAUAUCGGUUCAAUUGCUUUGGGGUGGAUGCCAAUCGGAACUGGAAAGUGAAAUGGUGCGGUAAGUUGGCCCAUUUAAAGGCUAUUUUAUGUCACAUGUCCUGUUCUUUGUCCAUAUUUCCUUCUGUUCUUAUAGAUUAAACCAUGCAUGCCAUGUGCACAUAACAGAUGACUUCACUUCAUUUUACAAAACAUACUGUGCGCUUUCUGCUAUCACUCUUCAUGAGAAAACAUGAAUAAAGGUAUUCUGCAAAGUGAUAGAAACCAUGAAAUGCUUCUAUUUGCUUGCUUCGUGCAUCAUUCAUGUAUUUUCAUGAAUGUAACUACUGCCUAUUUCUGAAUUAUGCAGCCAUUAUGGGAUAUGCACAGCAUUCAAUGUGAAUCAAUGGAGAAACACGAUUGGUUGAAAAAUCUAAUCUGCUUCCUGGUUUAUGCAGAUUUGCUGUAAAUGGAAAAACAUUACAUGUUUUAUUACAUUUCUCUAAAAAAUAUACUUAUUUAUAGCAAGAUCUUAAUAUGAUAAAUCAGAUUUUCCUUUCAAAUGGACUAAUGGAUGAUAAUACUCUAUGGGCUGUGGCUUUUUUCCAGUUUGUAUUAGAAUUAUGAUAAAACACUUCACGGAAUUCAGAGACUAUACCUGCAGACUGAUCUCCAUAUGAGGUUAGUCCACAUGUACUAUAAGACGUAACAAGGUGAAAGCUUGUCACUAGUGAUUUUCCGAACGGUUCGCCUCGAACGGUUCGCCACUGACUCAUCAUUGAGUAAACUUUGACCCUGUACCUCACAGUCAGCAGACACAUUCCAGCCAAUCAGCAGCAGACCCUCCCUCCCAGACCCUCACACCUCCUGGACAGCUCACUAAGAAUGCAGCUUCAAAAUGGAUGCUGUCCAGGAGGUGGGAGGGUCUGCUGCUGAUUGGCUGGAAUGUGUCUGCUGACUGUGAGGUACAAGGUCAAAGUUUAUUCAAUGAUGAGUUUGUGGCGAACCGUUCAUGGCGAACCGUUCGUGAACCGUUCGGCGAACCGUUCGGGACAUCACUACUUGUCACCCGUGCUACUCAUUCAUAUGAGAAUUACCAAAUAAAUACAUAAAAAAACAUGCAUAAGGCAUUGUGCAAGAAAAUAAGGAUGCUUUUUUCGCAUAAUACAGACCUUAGAUACUUGGGUAUCCCUUUAGAAACUCUUGAAAAAUAUUUUCCCUUUUUAAAGAAAUCAUUCCUGUGUUGGAGACACACACUAAAACCACCAGCCAAUCACUAUCUUGGUGGUUUGUUAGGCGGCCUGAGGAGAAAAGGCUUGUACUCCUCUUAUAUUUAAGCAGUGUGUCGAUACAGCAGGAUUGCAUUCCAUACCUGGCAAUGCUGUGUAUAUUUGUGUGUAUUUUUUAUGGCCUUUCCAACUGGCAUUGCUAGCCAAGGUCUGAAUAGGCUAGAGAGAAGCCUUAGAAGAGUGGUCACCGCAUUUUUGCUCUGGGCUGGGCCUGAUGUGUUCCUGGAAGCUAGCAAGGAAUUUUUGAGAAACUGCAAUGUUUACAUUCUAUAGUUAGCUCCUUCUAUAGUGGCUGUCAUACAGGGGCGACUCUAGACUUUGCGAGGCCUUAGGCGAACCUCAAACAUGAGGCCCCCACUAACACCAUUAGUUAAAAAAAAUAGGGGUUGCCUUGUGUGUGUAUAAGGAGUUGUACAAACAGCUAGUCUCUGUAUUCAUCUUCAGAGGCUUGGGUUGUCGUGGCUCCCUAUUCCGCUGCAUUGUGAACUUUCUGACUGUAGUUAUGAGAAAAAUCCUUUAUAUACCACCCUGUAUUCAGUAAAAAUGCAAUUUGCAUCCGCACAAACAGAGACAAGCAACAAAUAUAAUGUAACUGUUAAAGAAUAAAUAAAUAUCUACUGGUAUAGACAUGAGUGCCUGAUAGACUCAUUAGCAGUCCAUAAUAACAUUUCUGGGGACUGAUGAGUAGUACGUCAAUUGCUCAGACAGAAUGAAAGCCUUCUGUUAUAAAACAAGUAAGCAUGAUACAUGCACAGGAAUUCUAGACCAGGAACUGUCCUGUGAAUUGUAUCAGGUUCACUGUCCAGGUCAAAGAGGUUGAAACAAGCCACAAACAAUCUACUGUAUUUCACCUGCUUAUCAGGAAAUAUACAAUAGAAUCAUUUCGAGUCUGAUUAUGGCAAAAUGAAGAAUUCUCACAAAAGCACAUUCUGUUGUGGAUUGAUCAAUAAUGCACAGCAUACAAUCAUAUAAUCAAUGAUCUGAUGUUGGCCUCUCUUAUCUUAUUAUUAUUUGUAAUUUAUAGCAAUCUUAUUAGUCUUGUGAUGCAUAUGCAAUUACAAAGCAUUUUAUCAUCUAGUAAUAUAUAUUUUAUUGAAUCAAUAGUGCUUUGCAAUGACUGUUACUACAUAAAGUCAAAAACAUUUCUGUCCAUUAAAUUAACCGAAUAAGUCAGAGCUUUGAAACUAUUUCUAAGACUGGUUACUUACUAAAAUGAGAUCUCAAAGUGAACUCAAAGGGAAUUUCAAAUGUAAAGUCAAAGUAGCCAAACUGAAAGCAUAGAUGAUUCACCAUAAAUACAAAGCUAUAAUCUACAAGAAAAAAAACAAAACAAUAAGACCACAAUAGUGCAAUAAAUACUAACACCAAAAGGUUUUAUUUUUUUAUUGUUACCAUUCUACUUGUUGUUAUUAUGUAUUAUUAUAUCCAUUAUUGCCAUACUUAAGUCUUUGAGUGCAAUAUAAUCCCCAACCUUUUGGUGUUAGUGUUAGUAAUUAGUGAUGUCCCGAACAGUUCGCCACUGACGGCGAACAUAAACAUGAACUUUGACCCUGUACCUCACAGUCAGCAGACACAUUUCAGCCAAUCAGCAGAAGACCCUCCCUCCCAGACCCUCCCACCUCCUGGACAGCAUCCAUUUUACAUUCAUUGUGAAGCUGCAUUCUUAGUGAGCUGUCCAGUAGGUGGGAGGGUCUGGGAGGGAGGGUCUGCUGCUGAUUGGCUGGAAUGUGUCUGCUGACUGUGAGGUACAGGGUCAAAGUUCAUGUUUAUGUUCGCCGAACCGUUCGGGACAUCACUAUUAGUAAUUAUUGCACUAUUGCUGUCUUUUUGUUUGUUUUUUUCUUGAUGAUUAAAUGUUUGUAUUUAUUUAUAUGUUAAGAAGAAAAUGAGGAUUUUUUUUUUAUAUAAUCUGCAAAAUCAAAAGAGUAAUUUACCAUUUUUUUUAACUGGUAUUUAAUCUGGGUAUUUUAGAAACCUUUUCCAUAUAGGCUAUUUUGACCUUACAUUUGAAAUUCACUUUGAAUUCUCGCUUUUGGGAAAACCCUGUAUCUCUGUUAGUCUCCUGUAUAGCUGUACAGUGGUUAUUCAUAGAUUAACUGUCUAUUUUAUUUAUUUUUUCCCAUUAAACAGAGGAAGGUGCUUCAUUGCAUCCAUGUGAUAACACAUACUGUGGGCCCUAUGCAGAGUCUGAACCAGAGGUCCAAGCAGCUUCACAGUUUCUCUACAAGCAGAGAAAACACAUCAGGGCAUACCUCUCAAUUCACUCGUAUGCCCAGAUGUUGCUCUACCCAUACUCUUAUCAGUAUGAAGCCAUUCCGAAUUACCACUGUGUGGUAAGUCUUUCUUUUAUUUACAUGUUGACAUUUUUAUUAAAGGACCACUAUAGUGCCAGGAAAACAUACUCGUUUUCCUGGCACUAUAGUGCCCUGAGGGUGCCCCCACCCUCAGGGUCCCCCUCCCACCCGGCUCUGGAAGGGGGAAAGGGGUAAAAUCUUACCUGGGCGGGGAGCUCUCCUCCUCCGAUCCUCCUCUUCUCCUCCCCGUCGGCUGAAUGCGCACGCACGGCAAGAGCUGCGCGCACAUUCAGCCGGUCACAUAGGAAAGCAUUCAUAAUGCUUUCCUAUGGAUGCUGGCGUGCUCUCACUGUGAAAAUCACAGUGAGAAGCACGCAAGCGCCUCUAGCGGCUGUCAAUGAGACAGCCGCUAGAGGAAAUAGGGGAAGGCUUAACCCAUUCAUAAACGUAGCAGUUUCUCUGAUGUUGGCUAGUAGCGGCUAUUAAAGGAACACUGUGGUCACCAUAACAACUUCAUCUUAAUGAAGUUGUUAUGGUGAGGCGAGGCCCCCGGGGUGUUCUCUUAUCUUAAGGGGUUAAACUGUUCUCAAAUGGUUUAACUCCAAAGGCUGCCUCCACUCUGGAUUUCCAACACCAGGUACAUACAUUUUUUGUGAAUGAGGAGCUACUGACUGGCUUAGUGCAUAUGCUGACCGCUCUUGCCAAUCAGUGGCUCCCCUGCCUGGCAGCUCUCUGCGUUUACUGAAACUCAGUUUCAGAAGCUGGAUGCUGCUGGGGGAUCUGGAGAUCCUGAGGUGAUAGAAACGGUUUAACACUUAAGGUAAGAGACUGCCUGGGGUCCUCCUGGCAUCAAAACAACUUCAUUUGGAUAAAGUUGUUAAGGUGAGCAGAAUGUUUUUUUAAGUACCGACUGAUAUUCAACCUUGUCGCUAAUUUUUUACAAGUUGUCUGCCGAUAAUGUUUGCUUGCAGAGAUCCCAACUACUUGCAGAUUAGCCACUCAGGGGAGAUCCCAUGGCCAUUGCAGCCUUUUGCCUGGCUUGCCCGAUGGCCUGUAUAUCUCAUGGGCGGUGUCUGGGGGGAACACUAGGUCCUCCUCCAAAUAUGGCUUUAGUAAAUAUGAGAAUAUUUUCACAUGAAACAAAGUGGUGUUGGAAUAAAAUAUACAUGCAAAUAGGGCACCAUAGCAUGACCCAUAUCCAAUUUAUGUUUUACUCCCCGUUGAUUGGGGUGUGGGUGGGGUUUUAAUUUGAUCAUCACUGCUGUUUUAAUUGACUUAUAUUUUUAAUGUAAACACAUGGAAUUAAUAUAUAUGAUAUUGGUACAUCUGAAUCAAGAUUUACAGUGAUUUUUCUAAUAUCUCUGAAUAUUAUUGUGAUAACAUAUAUGCUUUCCACACAAUUAAUAUAAACAGCAUUAACUAUAUAGAGGCACUCUCUUUUAAAUAUAUUUGUCAUCAAUCUAAUUGUUUGGAAAUAACAGAGGGUAAAUGCUCAGGUGUUGUAAUGGCUUUUUAGUAAGAUAUUGCACUCCUUGGAUUACACAGAUCAUAUACAAUUAAGUCAAAAUCUUACACCUUUCAAAUUCCAUCAUAUUUAAUUUUCUUUUCUUCGGAACAGGCAUCAGCAGCAUCUAACGCAGUUCAUGCUCUACAAACAGCUUACGGUGUCCUUUACCAGCACGGCCCAGCAUCAAGCACCUUAUGUAAGUGUUUCUGAUUGUCUCUGGGGUUUAUUAACCAAGUAGAGGGUUGCUUCUGGUGGGUUUGUCAUCAAAGAAAGAAUUGUGGACAUUCCUCCAAUGGUUCAAUUUCUGCUAUUUAUGCCUAAAACGUAAGCCAUCUUAUCAGUUCACCAGAAUUUGCAGUUUAUUGAAUAAGCCCUGUAAUUUAAAUUUUGGUGUGAUGAAAUCAUGCAAUAUGAUUCAACUAUAUUGUCACCUAGGAAACUUGAUAGGAAAAUAAUAUUUGUUUUCUGUUUGUGCUGCUCUCUGUCUGUCUGUUCUUUAGAAAAUAUUGAUCUUUUUUUUCGUUAUUCACUAAGCUGAAAUGAUAAGACUCCUUGUUAAGGUUUUCUCUGCACAUUGUCAGUUUAGUCACACAUCAUACUGGCCUGAGAAUCCUACUUACCUUACGAUGAGCUGUGGCCAGACUGGGAUUAAAGCAGCCCUAUAAUGUUCCAAGCCAACAGUGACAGAUAGACACACCAGGGGAUACAGAUAUAAAGUGCAGAUAUAAUGGUUGGUUCAGUUGCUCUUUGAAAAUAUGCUGGAAAUUCCAACUUCGUCUACUACUCAGUGACGAUAUAAAGACUGCCCAGCCGAAGUAUAAAAACAUACAUUGCUCUGUACAGAUAUAAACCGAACCACAUAUAAGCAUGUAUAAAUAAUGUAUAGAGACCCAAUAACUGUGCGGACAUGUUAAAACAUCGCUAUAGAGAAAUACAAAGACUGGUCACAUCAUACAUUAAUUCAUCUGCACUAAUAGACUUUGUAAUACUGUUAGAAAUCUUGUUUAAAAAAAGAUCUCUUUCAGAUCAGAGGCUGAUUUAAUUUUAUCACAUACAAAGCACUGUGUGAUUAUAACAUACAAUGCUCAGCAUGGAUCUGUAGACUGGUCACACAAAAGGCUGUGCCAGAAUAAAUAUAUCAAUCAACAUCAAGACCAGUGCAGAUUUACAUCAGAUAGAAUUUGUUCAUUUCUGGAUAAAGUUCCUUUGAAACAGAUUUCGGCCGACAAAUUAAAUACUCUUGACUUACCAAUGUCGUCAGAAGAAGUACUACAUGCCAUUAAUUAAAUACCAACUGCUACAGCUCUAGGACCUGAUGGUUACACAAUGUCUUACUAUAGGUCCUUCUCAGGCGUUUGAACCCCACAUUUAACAGAUCUAUUUAGCCAUUAUUGGAAAACUUGUGAAAUGCCUGGGGAGGCCUUGUGUGCACAGAUUGUAUCGCUGCCCAAGCCUGGUAAAUAACAAAAUGUUUGUUAAAACUUUCACCCCAUAUCCCUAAUUAAUGACACCAAAAUGUAUUAAAAAAUAUUGGCCUUAAGACUUGCACAAAUUCUUCUUUCUUAAUAGACAAAGACCAGGUGGGUUUUAUCCUGAACUGUCAGGCCCCGGACAGUACGAGACGAUACAUUAAUUUGAUCCACCAAAUUAAGCUUAAUAGAAUGGCUUCUCUGCUCCUCUCUUUGGAUGCGGAGAAGGCAUUUGAUAAAAUCCAUUGGGACUUUUUAAAAGAAGUUAUGUCGUGAUUUGUCUUACCAGAACCCUACACCAGAGCAGUGUUUGCUCUUAAUUGUUCUCCAACAGCAAAGGUCUCCGCUCCGGAUUUGCAUCAGAUAGUUUUGCACUGUCUAACGGGACCAGACAGGGGUUGGCACCGCUUCUCUUUGUGCUGGCAAUGGAACCCUUGGCUGAAAUGAUUUGUUAUUGUAUAGAAAUAGAGGGCAUUGCAGUUGGAGUCAUAGAACAUAAGAUUGGUCUUUUUGCGCAUGACAUAAUGCUGUCUUUGAAAAAUCCAAUUUCCUCGUCUUCGCCUCUAAUGUCAAUCCUGCACGAAUUCUAUUAAAUUUCUUACCAUAAAUUAAGUACAAGUAAAACUCAAGCCCUUGCUUUCUUUGUCCUCGUGACUCUUGACUCACUCUAUGUCUAAAUGUGUAGGAAAUAAUAUCCAUAAGAAGCAAUAGCUGCUUUCUAGGCUUGGGUCUACUAGGCUGGGGUCUACCCUACCUUGCCCAUUGCUCCCGGGAGUCUGCUCCUUAAUAAAACAUCAUAUCAUAUCUUUCUAUCCUGUAUGAUUCCGUGCUAUAACAUUCUUUUUCCAUGUAUUCUCUGUCUUUUAGACUUGAGUUCAGGCAGCUCUAUUGAUUGGGCCUACAAUAAUGGCAUACCCUAUACAUUCGCAUUCGAGCUUCGUGACACUGGAUACUAUGGAUUUCUUCUACCAGAGUCCCUCAUCAAGCCAACCUGUACAGAGACUAUGCUCGCAGUUAAAAAUAUUGCAUUGCAUAUACUCAAGAAGUGCCGCUAGGGUGGAAGACGUCAAUAUUGUAUGUUUUUAGAGUUUAAGUAUCUUAAAUCCAUGGUUCUAACAUUUGUUUUGUCAGGGACCCAAAUUAUGUAAAAAACUAAAUAUUCUUCAGGUGUAAUAUCCUUAAAUUAAUGUUAAAACAGUAAAACAUUUAGACUCUGCCCCCAAUGUGAAGGCAAUGCUGCUACCGUAAAGAAAGCAUUAUGGGAACCUACCCUAAGACUGACGAAUAUAAAAUAUCUGUUCUACCAAUGGAGACACACUAAAUUCACACUGGGCCCAUUUCCGGUCUUGACUCAGUUUCUAAGAGCCACUCUCUUAUUUUUGUUAUUAUACGAUUGCACAGUAUAUGUUACGAACUGAAAAAUUUUACUCUGUGUGUGUGUGUGUAUAUAUAUAUAUAUAUGUAUAUAUAUAUAUAUAUAUAUGAAUAUAUAUAUAUAUAUAUAUAUAUAUAAAAUACACAAUCCAGCGCACUCACUUAUUCACUAAACAAUGAUUUCAAAUCUAAGAGAUUGUAAUAGUUUUAUUUAAAAACACUUUACCUAGGCAAAAUAUAAUGGGGGUUUAGUUACAUUAUAUGAUCAUAUAUUGCAUAAGUCUGCCGCACCGUCAAUGUACCCCAUUCUUGGCAGGUCCUAUCCUAGCAGGCUAAUGAUUGCUCUUAUGAGAUCAAUCCACUUACUUGGGAAAUACUUCCUUACUGGGACUCUCUGCAAGUCAAGGCUAAAUAGGGUCCUGGAAUGAGGCACCUGUGACAGGGAGGGGUGCAAAACCCAGCAGUCGGUCUGGACUCCCAUAAAUAUAAAUGAAACCAAGACGGCUGCACUCACCUGAACAUGCAUACAUUAUAGGGUGCUGCUCAGGCCAAAAUAUACAAAAUACACAAUCCAGCGCACUCGCUUAUUCAUUAAACAAUGAUUUCAAAUCUAAGAGAUUGUAAUAGUUUUAUUUAAAAACACCUCACCAGGGCAAAAGAUAAUGGGGGUUUAGUAUAUAUAUAUAUAUAUAUAUCUCAAAUAAGCCAAACGUCUGUAUGAGCUGCGUCUUUUUAAAACAAAACAUUAUUUUGAUGGCUAAAUAAAUUUUGGUAUUUGUGAGAAACAAAAAGUUUUCUACUUCACUCAGAAUUAAAUGUUAUUGCUGUGCCAACGUUAUAAAUCUGUCUUAACAGAGAGUGGAAGGACCUUAAUCAUUGGAUAGAAUAACAGUGUUGCCAGGUGGUUUAUACCCAACAUCAAUCAACAUCAAGACCUGUGAAGAUUCACAAACUAAGAUAUAUUCUGCAGCAGUACGAAUUAUUUUUGUAACUCUGUAAUAAACCACAAAUAAGCCGAGCAAUAUUUCACUCUGUGAUAGAGUAUCCCUUGGUACCCUGACUGUGAGGCACCUGCGAUCAGAUGUAGAUAUAUCACUUGCUUUACUGGACAGUAAUGCUUUAAUAAAAUUGGAUUUUGUAUGAACCAAUACCUGAGAUAAUUCCUUGUCAAUGUUAUACAACUUACCUGUUCUGACUUUUAUUGCUUCAAUAUGCAGCGCAGUUUAGCUCAUGUUGGUAAUUGGAACUGCAAGGAAAAAACAAAUGAAAUAGAUAGAAUUCAGCUGUAUUGUAAUUGGCUGCUUAUUGUCUUCAGCCAAACAAAAUACAAGUAGAAUUCAAAUCAUAGUUAUUGUCUACAAAAUAAACAGGUGUGAAC